UCCUAAUAAAAGCGCCUCUGUAAUCAGCAACAUUCCAGGGUAUGCAUUCCCUCAGUCAGCAUCCCCUGACUAUUGUCCAGUGUCACUCCUGGUCACUCCAUGCCAACGGCUAGCAAACAGCAUAGACACCCUGCCAUUUACCACCCGCUGGGGAUGGGCAGAGGCAAGAGGAGAAUGGAUACCAAGCAGAAAGUAUGGGGGCAGGUAGGACUUAACCAGUUUUUUUUAAUUCUGUAUAUGAAAAUGUACAAAUAUUUCAGGGGAACGUUGUUAAAUGUGGGGAACGGAGUUAUUUAACCCCUUCACGACAAAAGGUAAGCAAAUCCAAAUAUAUACAUAAUAUAUCAUUUGUUAUAGGUAUAUCAUUGAUCAUUUAAGGGCUAAUGCCAAAACGUUAUUGCUGUAUGUUUUUUACUUUAUACUUGCCAUAAAUUUGAACAAUUAACUAUCAGUCUGCGAAACCUUUAGAAGUGUAUCUAUUACAUGUUGAAUUUUAUAAAACAAAAAAAAAACCUCCAUCUUUUUUUUUUUUUUUCAAUUUUGGCCAUUGUGGCGUAAAUUGUUUUCCAGUCAUAAAGAUCAUUUUUUUUAAAUGGGAGGGGGAGCAAAAAUUCAAUGCACCACAAGAUUAGGUGUUUGUUAUCACCAGGAAAUGUAUUUUACUCUGUAUGAAUAGAUAAGAUAGGAGUGAAGGAGCGUAUUGGAUAAAAUUUAUAGUAUGGAGCAUAUAACACUGGGCUGCAUAUCCCAUCAUGCCCAGCUCAAAUAGUAGUUGUGGUUAAAUACAGUUGGUUGUUACCUGUCAGGUUGGUAAUGAUAACCAAAAUACAGUGAAACACAACAUAAAAGUUCAUACAAUUUUCAUUCCACAACAAUGCAACUUGUCUACGGACUGUUGAAGAAUAGUCUUAAAAGGUUAUUCACUAAAUUGGGAAUUGGUGGGAAUGCAAAGGGAAUUUCAAAAUGAAGGCCAAAGUAAUCGAACUGGAUACUUGGAGAAUUAUUCCAGUUUAGAUAUUUUGACCUUAAUCUGAAAUUUUGCUUCAGGUUAGUGAAUAAACUAUCUCAUAGGUUGUAAGCCCUACGAAAAGAGAAAGAGCUGUGGAAUAUGUUGGCGCUGAUAAUAAUAAUUGCUUAGCAAUGAAGGACGUUUACUGCCAUGCACUGACCCUAAUUGCAUUUUUCAUGCUGUUUGCCCAUUGCUUUUAAACAGACCGAUUGUCAGUCUGCUGCUAAGCAGGACUAACUAGCAGACAACCACUGUCAAGAUAUAAACAUAUGAAUAAAUACAUAAAACAUCGUCCUGCCAGUGUUUAAUAUCCAUGAAUGGGCUUGAAACCUUGUUUUCUUGCUAACAUAUUCUUUUCCCUCCCUAAUGUACAGUGUUGCUUGUAACCAGGAUCCCUGGCGCUGAUAAUGAACAUAUUACAACUUCUUGGCGUUAAUAACAGCAAAACCAUUCGCCUCAUGCACAGUGCCAGGAAGUGUUAAAAAUAUAGCACGAAUAUUGUUCAAGGAACCUCAAAUCAGGCUUCAAAAUAUGCUGACCCUAGUAGCAUACAUCACAACAGUUAAAAGGGUGAUGGCUCAGUGAGUAGCUGCCCCAUGGCCUUCAGAAAAUGUAGGGAGCACUACUGCAGCACUCCAUGUAUGGUCCUACUAUCGGCUGUAGAUGAACAACACUAGUGAAUAAAAACAGGAAAGCAGACCAGGACCUCAAAAUCGUGGCUGUCCUGCCAAAAGCAGGACUUUUGGAAGGCUUGUAACGGUGACCAUACUCAAAACCUAAAUGCCCUGCCCAGGGCCGAUCAACACGCCUGCAUAAAAGAAGGCCUUGAGUGCACCCUUUUAUUUUACUUUUAGGUUUAUUCAUUAAAAUGUAAAAGUGUAAAACUUUGAAAUUUUAGUCUGAAAAUAUGGCUGACUUGGACAUAUUCAGUUUGGCUUAACGCUACAGUCUUAAGUUCUAAAUACAUAUAUAUUUAUAAUAUAAGAGUGUUCAGGAUGUCUUUUAGAUCACUCCACUUUAUGAACUAAAAUAAUAAAGUUAAACUCGCCUUUCGUGACCUAUUUACUAGAGAAUAGUAUCUAUCAAAGAAAACUAAUGCUACCAAUAUAUACUGCUCAUCUUCGUUACAGUCAACUUGGGAAGUCACUUGCUCCCACUGCACCAAGUUGUAUCUGACAUUUCUUAAUAUGUCAAUCUGGUUUGUGUAUGGUCUCUCAUAAAUCUAGGUCUUUCAAUUUUUCAAACAGUAGCAUCAGUCGCUCCACAGCCUUCAUAGAUUACCUGAACAGAUGAUCUCAUAUCAAUAAGUGCAUCUCUAUAGAGAGGGCCUGCUUCACCUGCGUAAUCAGAGUCUCCUCAAAGAGAAGCCUUAUAAUUCUUCUCUAAAAGGAGCCUUAACUGUGUUUGGCAUCAUCACUGCACCAAAAGAGAAGUUUUGGGGGAUUUUUUUGAGUCUUCGCUAGAAAGUGCCUUUAGUAGUUGUCUGAUUGACAUCCACUAGCGUACACAGCACACUGACUGACAAACGUAAACAUUGCUCAUCUCACAAGCGGCAACGCUUCCAUUUGUCACAGUGCAGGGACUGUAUUAAGCUGUGCAUUAAGCCGUAAUGGUUUUAGUGCUUAGAAUGUCUUGUUUGUUUUUCACAUUCAUUUUGAAUUCAUUCUGAAAUCCCAACAAUUCACACUUUAUUGAAUACACCUGUGAAACGUUUUAUUUAUGGUGUUUAUAAAGUCAAGUAAUUUUUUUUCAUCCGCAGGUUGUUUAUGACAGCAUUCAAUCUCAAAUCCACAACAUAAACAAAUUAGACUGGCAUCUUUGAAAAUGUCAGCUAUAACUUAGUGAAGUUUAAAUAACUAACUUGCUAAGUUGACUGAAAGCAAGAUAAGAAAUAUAUAUUGGUACCAUCAGUUGUUAAUAGAUGUUUUUUCUUUAGUGAAUAGCUCAUCUAGAGAUUAGACCAUUUUCAAAGUUUUAUUGGACUAUACUACAAAUCAAGUGCCUUUUAAUCCACAUCCAGAUAAAUUGAUCAUCUGGGAUUUACCUGUGAAAUUGUAUUCAAUUAAUAAGAUUCCACAGGUAAAUCCUAGAUGACCAAUUUGUCAAUUUGUGGAUUAAAAGGCAUUUCAUUAAUAGAUUUAUUGAUUUGCUAGAGAUAGUUUCCCUCAUGUCUGCAAACUUCUUGGUAGAAAUAUGACUGACAGGACACUAAAAUGUAUUAAAACUGUGUGAAAAUGUGCUAGUAAUUUAAAGUGAUGUGAUCUAUCUGUUUAUACACAAACAAACCAUGGAAUAGCCACAGAAUGCACACAUACCUUUAAAUUACUUGCAAAUUUUCACACAAUUCAAUGUUUCGGUUCCUGUUCGGAACUUUCUUCAGGACAAAUAAAACACAUUUUAUUUUUAACUUCAUUAUGAAGGAAUAAAUGAAUGAAUAUACUAACCAGACCAUAUAUGCUAAUAUAAAUAUAUAUAUAUAUUUUUUUUUAAUGUAUGUAUUUAAAGACCAUUAUUUAGCAACCUGGAUUUUGGAUUUAACUAGAGUGCAAGGUUUUACACACACAUAUAUAUUUAGAUCUUAAAAGUAAACCAUCUUCAUAAAAGUCCAUUACGGACUUACUGUCUAUUAUCAUGACAAGUAGGGAAGUGCAAGGCUUUAUAGCAGGAGAGCCCAAAAGGCAGAUCCCCAAAUGUUGUAGAACUACAACUCCCAUGAUGAUGUGAAUGCCAAAGCAACAUGGAAGUUGUAGUUUUAAAACAUUAGGGGAUCUAUCUAUUUGACAGCCCUGCUAUACAGCAUUGUUGCUGAAUUUGCACAGUACAUACAGCAUGGACAGAUUUGCAGUGAGCAAUGGCGUUGUUAGGUUGCAAAAAGACUAUGAUCUUCAGCCCAAGGGUAAAGUAUGGUCUCUCCCGCAUAUACUCAUUUAAGCCUUUCCUAAAAUACCACACACUAUACAAUUUAUUAAAUCCAACCUUAAAUCCUACCAUGUUCUAUGAAUCACAUUAUGACACAAAAUCUUUGAAUUCAGAAUAUUAUAUAAACCAUACCUUCCGAUGUCUCUGUUUAAGAGGUACAGUCGUUAUUUUGCACCCAAAUACCUCUCUCCCUCUUUUCUAUCCAAAUGCACCUCUUUUCUAGGAUAUUCGUAUUGUUGUAAUUGUUCGUGUGUGAAUGUAUAGCAGCGCUUUACAAUAAUAAUUCUCACAGUAAUGUGUUUUUAAACUACAAUAAGUGAGUUUUAAAAUCAGUUUGUAUAAAUAAGAUACAUUGUUAUUGAUCUAAAUUGCAUUUUAGUUGAAUACAUUGUUGUUAGUAAGCCACCUAAAAUUACUCAGAACAGCCCCACCCCUGGCAAUACACCACUCACACUCCUAAAAUGAAAGUGACCCUCUUUGUCCAUUUGAAAUUAUUGGGAGGUAUGUAUAAACUUAUAUUUAUAAACCCCACUCUAGACUGAAUUAACUCUGCACUUGCAUCAUCAGGGCCGGACUGGCCCACCGGGAUACCUGGAAAUUUCCUGGUGGGCCGGCAUACUAUCAGGCCGUUGCACAGCCACCUAGUGUGCACUGGCCCACAAUUACACAGUAACCGGCUGGAGGGGAUGUGCUCCCCUCCUGUAGGUCACAGAAUGUAGCGUGGCCGAGCAGGCAGGCCGUGGUAAAGGAGCUUCUGUUUCCCUACCCGGUCUGACAGGAAGUGCUCAAAGAGAGCACAUGACUGCUUCCUGUCAGACUGGGUAGGGUAGGGAAACAGAAACUCCUCUACCGUGGUCUGCCUGCUGGGACACAGGAGGGCUGGGGAGGGAGCAUUAGGGACAUAUGGAUGCUGGGGAAGGGGCUAUAAUAGGACACGUGGGCAAUGGGUUCUAUAGAGACACAUGGGGGCUAUAGAGACACAUGGAGGGCUCGGGGGGUUAUAGGGACACAUGAAGGGCUGGGAAGGGGUGAUACAGACACUGGGAAUGGUAUAGGGACACAUGAAGGGCUGGGAGGGGGGCUAGUGGUACACAUGGAGGGCUGGGAGAGAGAGCUAGUGGGACACACGGAGGGCUUGGAGAGAGGGCUAAUAGAACACAUGGGAGGGCCAGGGACGUAUUAGCCACAAGGCAAACAAGGUUUUGUCAUGCCUAGGGCAGCACAAAACCAGGACACACCAGUGGGGAGGGCUCAUGGUUCACAUGUGGGGAUGCUGCUGAGACACAUGGGAGGGCUAAUAAGACAUACAGGGCUGGGAGGGGGUAAAAGGACACAUGAAGGGCUAAUAGGACACAUGGAGGGCUGGGGGCAAUGGGACACAUGGGGGGGCUACUGAGACACGUGGGAGGGCUAAUGAAACACAUACAAGGCUGGGAGGGAGCUAAUGGGACAAAUGGGGGGAUAAUGAUACUUCAUAUUAAAGGGACACUAUAGUCACCAGAACUACUACAGUUUAAUGUAGUGGUUCUGGUGUCUAUAGCCUGUCCCCGUAAGCUGAGCACUGUAAAUGCUACCUUUUCAGAGAAAAGGCAGUGUUUACAUUGCUGCCUAGGAACAUCUCUAGUGACAGUCACUCAGACGGCCACUAGAGCUGCUUCCUAGUGCAGUGCUGCAUAGUGUGCCUGGGCCUGGGCUGUUCUGAGAAAUUUUAGGUAACUUACUAAUAACAAUUAAUGCAACUAAAUUUAAGUUUAGAACAAGAAUAAUGUAACCUAUUUAUACAGACUGAUUUCUUAAAACAUUUAUCGUAGUUUAAAGACACAUUACUGUGAGUAAUAUUGCUGUGAAGCUCUGUUACACACUCAGACACACCAACAAAAAGAAAAGAGAGAGGGGGGCGGGGCCGGGUCACCGGGCCGACUGGAAGCAGACAAGCAUGGCUCUGAGCCCGAUGGCUACAAUGGCUAUAAAACAUCAUAUAACUCACCCCAAAGUCAGACAUCCGAGCAUGCUGAGGUGAGAGAAUCACCCCAGCUUCAAAAUGGCACCUGUAAAGGGCCAACAGCACACCGGGAACACUGCCACGGUUAAAUCAGGCCAACCUGCCACCAUAAGCCUGCCUUAUGGCGUAAGAGUGAGACUUAGAGGCAGGUGGCCCCCUCGGAUGGGAAAUGCACCUCAGAGACAACUAUCCUCAUAGAGGACUACGCUGACUUAGGGAAUGGCCCCGUUCCCCCCGGCCUCUGGGUAUGAGGUUAGGGUUAGGGUUAGGGUUAGGGUUAGCCCUGUGGGGCAGGAGUGCGCUGCCCUUCUGGCGGACCGGUGGCCGUGGGGGUCAUGCACCGGCUCCAAGUGUGAGGCUGGUACCGGGAGAGACUUGGGAGUGCGCACUCUAUAGGGAACAACACGGUGCUGGGGAGGUGCAGGGGGCGGGCGGGCUGCAGACUUUGUGGUGGGGUCAAGUGGACAGUCUCAGCCCCUGAGUGCCCACGGUGCCGCGGAGGACCUGGCUGGUGGGCUGGGGUCAGUGUGGGGAAGGCGGAAGGAGGCUUAGCAACCCUGGGACUGUACUGUAGCAGAGGCAUGUGAGGCCUCCCUAGGACUGCCACGCAGGAUGACAUCUUAUGCUACAAUGCCCCCGGGGGCUUUAGUUUAAUGUUGUUAUCUAGUGCUUGCUUAAAGGACCACUCUAGGCACCCAGACCACUUCAGCUUAAUGAAGUGGUCUGGGUGCCUGGUCCAGCUAGGGUUAACCCAUUUUUUCAUAAACAUAGCAGUUUCAGAGAAACUACUAUGUUUAUGAAUGGGUUAAGCCUUCCCCUAUUUCCUCUAGUGGCUGUCUCAUUGACAGCCACUAGAGGCGCUUGCGUGCUUCUCACUGUGAUUUUCACAGUGAGAGCACGCCAGUGUCCAUAGGAAAGCAUUAUGAAUGCUUUACCCCUUUCCUCCUUAAAGAGCCGGGCGGGAUUGGGACCCUGAGGGUGGGGGCACCCUCAGGGCACUAUAGUGCCAGGAAACCGAGUAUGUUUUCCUGGCACUAUAGUGGUUCUUUAAUAACCUGAUUGCUGCAUUAUAUGAUGACUAGCUACAUGCCCACAACCUUAACUUAAUGACACAACAUACUUACUCCGCAUAUAGACAUUGCUUACAGCAGAUUGAUAUGUUAUAUGAUGAAUAUACUCAUGUUCAUAACUUAGCUUACAAUUGAAUAUGUAUUUUAUGGCACACUGCCUCAGCGGGCUUUAUUUAUUACUGCUUAUUUAAUGGCAAAAGGCACAAUACAUACUUUAUUAAUUACACAUAAGGCCAUCAGCCAUGAGCACUCUGAUGUUUAAUUGUUGAAUAUCGUGUAUUAUGCACAGGUGUACCGUGCAUUUUGAGCCUUAACCUGAUAGGACUAGCCUAUACGGUCCACGCAUAUGUAUGCGGCAAAUAAAAUGUUUAUUAUUAUGCCCAUGCGAUUAGUUAGUGAAUACAUAUAGAGGACACAUAAUUUGGGCAUUGCUGUUAGCCUGAAUUGCUGCAUAUAAAGAUGUACUGCGUUUUCCAUGAGGAUAAGUUAAACGUAUGCUUGUUGUAUAUUUUAGAUUCAGUUAUGCCUAUAUUAUUUGACUUUUAUGUUACUGUUAUAAUUUUGCAAGGAAUUACUGACAGCUUAGAACCUGACUUUACAGUGAUGACUUAAGCCUAUGUGUCUUAUUGCUAUUACAGGCUUUAAUUAUCAGCAUAUCACCAUAUUAAUUUGUCACAUAGCCAAGUGCAGAUCAGGCAGCCCAUGGCCUGCGCUGACUGCUAAUACUAAAUGAGGGAAUAGAGCUCAGUCUGAAUGACACACAGAAAGAUACUUAUGCUAUACAGAUUUAUGGUAGUGCAGAAUACAGUUUAAUCUGUGUUUAACGCUCCCUUAUACGCUGUCGUUUUAAGAACAUAUAGGUUGUUAUUAGCGUUACUGUUAGUAAUGUUAGUAAAAUACUGUUAAUUAAUCAGACUAAAUCAUUUCAGCGCAGUAAACUAUGCCGACACUUGUUAACUGUAACUGACUUAACGAUGCCUGCAUCUUCAGCUUUCUAAGCCUAUGCGUAGGCGACCAUACACCUUAUGUGACCUUUCCCUGACUUAUUACGCCUCUGCGCAGGCAUCCAUGCAUUAAUUUUUUUAAUUUGCUCCAUAUCUGCUAUCAUCUUGCAUAUAAAAUUUAAAACAGAAAAGAGAGAAAUUAGGAUAGGGAAAAGGGACAGAGGGACUUGGGCUCAAAAUAGGGACUGUCCUUCCUAAAUAGGGACAGUUGGAAGGUAUGUUAAAGUGAUACUGCCACAAAUGAUGUAAUUGGAGGUGUUAUCUCUCAGUCUCUCAGCGGUGUAUAUCACUCUCAAUAUUAUAAGGGAUUCAAGGCCAACAAUAAAAGGAUGCCAAAAUUAGACCCAGGGCUUUCCAGGACCUCAAAGGGGCUCCAACCUAUGUCAGUCAACCCUAGAAGUGACUAAUUAUGCAAACAAGGUUAUUUACCAACGUGAAAAUUGUCAUAAAUUCAAAGUAAAUUCAAAGUGAAUUUUUAAUAUUAGACCAAAAUAGUUAAAUAGAAAGCAUAGCUGACUUGGACAUUUUUUCCAAUUUGCCUAAUUUUGCCUUAAAUUUAAAAUUCACUUUGAAUUCACAAUAACUUAUUAACUUUCACUUUAAUAAAUCACCUUGUAAGUUCUGGCUGCAUUUUUCCUUUGCAUAUAAUGGUCAAUAGUGAUACUUAAAAUCAUGCCAACGACUCAAAGCCAGAGCAAUCUUGAGGAAUUGCAUUGCAGGUGACAACAUUGCUACAUACACAGCAUAUGUUUUCUAUGUUCUGUUAUGUUUGUUGAUAAAGUACAGUGAGAGAGAAUGAAUCUUCAGUAAGCAAUGAUAUUGACAGAGAGAGACAAUCAUGUAGUGAAAUAAAAGGGAGGGGAAGGAUGAGUAAGGAAAUGAAAGCAGUAUUUUCUGCCUGGCUCCCUGCCAAGACUACAAGUUAUAUCGAUACUGGGGAGUCCAAGGUCGCCAGUGACGGCAGAAAUACCAGGCAUCUCUUAUGGGUGGGGUCGGAGGCAGCAGAAACACGUUUGUAUUACAUUAGAUUAUCACGUUCAAUGUCAUACAAUGACAUGCCCCACUUUAAAGUUACCCUUCUCCAUAACAAUGAUUCCAAAUUCCUUAAAAUUCACCAGAAUUUCAGCAAUGCUAUUUCACAGUGCAUUUUUCUGGGUUGCUGGAUAUUAUUAUUAUUAUUUGCAUUUAAAUAGCGCCAACUUAUUCUGCAGAAAGGGAAUAUGAAGAAGGCCCAAACAAGCUCACAGUCUAGGAGAAUAGGAAAGUGAACAUUUUAGAGAGAUUGAAUAAAACUCUAGAAAGGAAUAGGAUAAAUAAAUGUGUUAAAUUUUCUCAUUUGCUAAUUACAAAGAGCCUUUGAGUAAAUAGCAGUUGGAUUUCAGCAUGAUUUUACAGAGUAACAAUUUAAAAUGCUAUUUCAGCCCUUAGGAAAUAGUUUGUGAUCAUUAUAUUUUAUACAGUCAAAGGACUAUUAACCAAAUAAAAAAGAAAUAAAACUAUAACAACAAAAAAAUUUAGUUGCAUUUUGCACCCCAAGACCCAAAACGACUUUGGUUUAUUUUACAGCUUUUCACCUAAAUAAUUAAAGGAUUACUGAAACCACCAUGACCAUGACCACCGUGGGAUAAAUAGUAGAGCAUCAAAUGUGCCCUUAAAGGAUUGAACUAGUCAUGGUGGAAGACGUCUGUAUAACACUGCACCUCCAGAUAUAUUGCAAUUGUGUACAUGUGACUUUGGCAGCCUAGAACGCUGUCUAAUGUCAGUUUUGUGCAUAAAAAAAAAUGUCUGUCAUCAGUGCGCACUGCUUUUUCCCUUGUAGGCAGAGCCGGUAAGUGGAUGCUCUUGUCUGCCCUACCUCCCUCCCACAUGAUUGUAGUCCUCCCUGCCUCUCUUUCCCCCUCCCCAGAACACGUGCAUGCUUGCAAAGCCAGUUAAAUCCUCCAAUCUAAGGUUUCUCUAUAAGAAUUUGACUGGAUCUUGGUGUGGCUCUCAUGACAUCAGACAGGGUGCGCUAUGCAUUUCCAGAUGCUUUGCUUUGUGCUGGAUUAAGGUAAGUUAAUCUUGGUCCCAAACCUGCCAUAGACAUGGUUCGUCUUACCCAUCUGACUAAAGAUGUAAUUGCUUAAACAAAAGCCAUUUUAAUUUUAAGGAUAAUGAGUCAUUGUCACCCCACGAUUCUAUUAACUGGAGUACCAGAGUAACAACCCAAGUAUAAUGAUAUUUAGGGCAUGGAGGACGCUUAAAUCUGAUACCCUUCAUAAGUCUGCAGACUAAGGGAUGUUUGCCCACAGGGAAAAAUUCAAUAGGAGCGUGAUUUGCUGAGAUAGCUGGUCGAUAGACAUUAAUGGUGCGAUAAGCCUUGUCUGAGUCAAAUGAGACUGACAAAAAAUUUCAAAUGUUUGCUAAAUCAGAACGGGAUCCACAGCCCAUUCCAUGCACCAGUUAAGCCAAAUUUUCCAGGCUGAUCUGUAAUUUGCACGGGUACCUGGUGCCCAUGCUUCUGAGAGAAUGUCUCUAGUUGAGUUUGAAAAUUCACUACGAGAUUCGUAUGACCCCAGAUGAGAGAUGCUAUUAAAGGUAGUUGGCCUGAUAGUACUAGAGGAUAAAGAUUUCCCUCCGGAUCGCAAAGAGCAUUCCGACACAUCUGUAUGAGUUGUGGGUAGUCUAUCAGCAUGCUGAGAAGCUGAGGGAACCAUGGUUGUAAUGGCCAGAGAGGGGUUAUUACCACUAGGGUUGAUUUCUGAGACCAUGCUUUCAGAAGUACCCAAGAUAUCAUCGCAAAUGGGGAAAUGCAUAAUUGACUCCGUCUUUCCAGCAUUGGAGGAAUGCAUCCUGAUCUGCUGCCUCUGGAUCCGGAUGCCAACUGAAAUAUUUUUCGAAUUGACGAUUGAGUCGUGAUGCAAAGAGGUCAUAUUGAAACGGACCCCACAGGGAAAGUAGUCGGAAGAUGUUGGGAUCCAACAUCCAGUCGCUGUAAUCUACUAGGAAACUGGAAUUCCAAUCUGCUACUGUAUUGGAAAGGCUGGGAAGAUAGUCUGCUCGUAAAACUAUGUUUCGAUCAAAGCAAAAGUGACAAAAAUCUUUGGCAAUGUUCGCCAGUUGCUUGGAUUUUGUACCUCCUAAGCGAUUUAUGUAUUGGACUGCUGAUAUGUUGUCCAUCUUGAGAAGAAUACAGCAAUGGGAUUUAUGUUUCGCAAAGCUGCGUAGAGAGAAAAAUACUGUCAUGAGUUCCAGGCAGUUUAUAUACAUACUCGUCCCUUCUAGAGACUAUUUGCCUCCUACAGAAUUGCCUCCACAAUGGGCUCCCCAGCCUACUCAACUCUAUAAUCAGAUCUAGGAAUGAAGUGAAAAUGGCUUUCCCGUUCCAAAUUUGAACAUGAUCUAACCACCAGAAUAGUUCUGUUCUUGUCUCUGGAGUCAAAGAGAUUUCGUCUGAAUUAAGGAGACCGUUGUGUAGAUGUUCCCUUUUUAAUCUUUAAAGAGCCCGAUAAUGAAGGGGGGCCGGAAAAAUCAUUUGAAUCACGGCUGAUAAAAGACUUACGAUCCGUGCCAGAGAUUUGAUUGAAAUGAAUUCCUUGUUCAGAACUCACCUGAUCUCUUUCUAAAUCGUUUUCAAUUUCUGUGAUGGAAGACUGAGAGUGGCUAAAUUGGAAUUCACUAGAAAUCCCAAAAAUUAUAUUUCCUGAGAGGGAGUUAAAAUCGAUUUCUCAUAAUUUAUUACAAAGCCAAGGCUUCGUAACAGAUUCAAUGUACAUUGAGAAUGUAGUUGAAGAGUUUGCACACUCUGUGAAAUAAUCAAUAUGUUGUCUAGAUAGAUUAUCAUUCUCACUCCCCUGCUUCAAAGCAGGGAUACUACUGGUUUGAGCAAUUUGAUGAAACACCAAGGUGCAGAGGAUAAUCCAAAUUGCAAUGAUGUGAAUUGCUAUUUCUUACCUACCUAUAUGAAUUGUAAAUAAUUCUGACAUGAAUGGUGAAUAGGUACCGUGAGGUACACACCCUUCAAAUCUAUUUUGAUCAACCAGUCGAUGAGUAUUAAUAGGUCUUUCAGAUAAUAAAUUCCCUCCAUUUUGAAAUGGUGGUAUCUGACAAAAUUGUUUAAAGAUUUUACAUUUAUGACUGGUCGGUGACCAGAAUCUUUCUUUUUCAACAAGAAUAAAUUGCUUAUGAAUGAUACAAAUUGCUUAUGAAGCCUUGACUGUUCAUGGGCACCUGCAUGAUGGCAUUUUUUGAGCAUACAUUUAAUAUUUCUUGAUGGAACAGAGCUUGGUCUUGGAUCGAAAAUGUUAUCGGGAAAGGUAUUUUUCUUUGAACGGGAUAUGAUAUAAAAUCUAUUUUGUCUCACGCCUCCAAAUGUGUAUGGUCCCAACAAUGGCUACAUAUAUUGUGCAUUUCAAGGACUGGCUCGUUUUACCCUUACCCUGCACUUGUGUCUUGCUAGUGCUCGCAUGCCAACUCUAGCGUGUUAAGUUCAGCACACCUGUUUUCUUUAAAUACUAUGAUGCUAAACGUGUUAUUCAUAGGUUGAAACGUGUUAUCCAUAUGUUGGAAAGCUUAAACAAUAUAAAAUGAGGCCGUUACUCAUAGGAGAUGUUUACUCUGUGUUAGUGUGUACCUAAUCUGUAUAACUACCGUACAUCCCCUUCUCUCCAUUCUGUACCCCUAUUAACAUCUGCCUCAAUAAAAGAAAGAUUGACAAAAAAAAUCUAUUUUGUAUCCCAGAACAGUGUCUAGUAUCCAAGAAUCGUUUGUAAUCUGACUCCAAACGUGAACAUAACAGGUGAGUCUGCCCUCUAACCCUUCUAGGGAAGAAAGGGGAAUUGUUGUACUUGCUGGAUGAAGAUCUGAAGCGAGAUAUUCCCCGAUGGCCACAUAGUGGGAAGAAUGGAGUUGUUUGUUGGGUGGGCUGAAAGGUGUUCCUUGGAACCUGUCUAUGUUGAAAGUAACAGCUGGAAGAGCGGUUCCUUCCUCUACCAGCCCUUCCAAAAACCUUAGGGUUGAAUACUUUCCUCAGAGAUGACAUAGGGAGCUAAAUAAAUUAUAGACACGUGCAAUUCGUUUCGGUCCGCAUAUGAAUUCGGAUGAAUUUUGGGCAAUUCGGACAUUCGGGUACUUCAGAAUGUCCGAAUUGCCAAAGUGCCGUAUUGCUGAGGUCCCGAAGUUUCGAAAUUACCGAAGUUUCGAAAUUACCGAAGUUCUGAAGUGCCGAAGCACAGUAUUGCCUAAGUACUAAUAUACUUACCCAGUGAAAGAAGAAUAAUGUUACAUUGUAUACAAUUUUAAAUAAAAAAGUAAACAAACAUAGCCAGGAUUCAGCUGUAAGCAUUUGCAACACUUACAACAAUCAAGUAACAUACAUUCAUAUAAAAUGUAAGUUACUUGGCCAGUCAAUGUAAUGACAGGAAUGAAUAAGUAGAUAACUCCCUAAUUCCCACGAAAUUAGGGAGCUAUCUACUAAAAUGCUGAAAGACCUAAAUUGGUCUUUCAGCCAAAUUUACUAAUACUAAGUAAAGAUUACUUAGUAUUAGUAAAUUAUGCCCCUACUCGCUAUACCGCGAGUAGGGGCAUGUCUAUUAAACAGCCUGUGGCUGCUCAUUGUUAAAAAAAAAAAAAAAAAACCUAUUGCCACCCCUGAGCGGCGGGUGGGGGCCCUAAAUUGGUAUAAGCGGGGGGGGACCUAAUGUCCUCCCCCCCGGCCCCCACCCCUGAGCGGCGGGUGGGGGCCCUAAAUAAAUUUUAAAAAAUUUAGGGCCCCACCCGCCACUCAGGACAGGGGACCGGGGGGGCAAUAGGUCCUUCCUUUAGUUUAAAAGCCCAGUGAGGCUGCUCACUGUUUACUAGACAGACAUGCCCCUACUCACGAUAUAGCGAGUAGGGGCAAAAUUUACUAAAACUCAGUAAUUUUUACUUAGUAUUAGUAAAUUUGUCUGAAAGACCAAUUUAGGUAUUUUAGCCUUUUUGUAGAUAACUCCCUAAUACCGUGGGAAUUAGGGAGUUAUCUACUAAGCGGCUGCAAGAGAAGUUUCUGAAGUGCCAAAGUUCCGAAAAUCCGAAGUGCCGAAGUUGCCAAAUUCCGAAGUGUCGAUGUGCCGAAGUUCCGAAUUGCCAAAGUCACGAAUUUCGGAAUGCCGAACCGAACCAAAGAUUUUUCCCAUGCACAUGCCUAAUAAAUUGACAUAUUUAUUAAUGUCUUUAAUAAAGGAUUCUCCAAACAGGUGACCUUCAGCCGCUGGUCCAGGUUCAGAAGUUGUUAAAUUCAAAAACUGAUGGUCAAUUUUUAUUAAAAUAGACCUGCUGCGUUCUCUUGUCAGAGCUGCGUUAGCAUUUCCCAAAAAGCAUAUAAUGCGUUGGGUCCAACCUCUUAAAAUAUCUAUGCUGGGAGGAAUUCCAGAAGUUUCAGUUUGUUCUAAAGUCUCAAACAUUUUUGCCACAGGACCAGAUAUGUCCAUUAAUAUAUCUUGCCAAAAUUUUAGUGAUCUGUCAAGUCCUUUAGUUUUGUUCUUCCCUGAUUUUGUUAAAAAAUGCACAAUAGUGGGAUCUAAAUCAGGGGUCUGUGCGACUUUCUUAGACAAAGUCGGUCUAGGGCAUUCAGCUCUUAGCUUAUUUCUAGCCGCUUGGUCAAGGGGUUUCCUCAACCAGCAUUCAAGAUAUUUGGCUACAUGAGCUGACUUAGGGUGCUUAAUAUGGUCUGGGUCAAAUGAUGGUUUCCCAUUAACAUCCAUUAUAAUAUUCUCUUCAUCAGCUUUAAAGAGAAACUCAGGUGCCUCUGAAACAGAUGAAUAAUUUGAGGCAGAAUCAGAUGCAGAUUUUUCAUCUUCUGAGUUUGAAGAUGAGUCCUCAUUCGAGGAGGUUUUACAGUUGUCAGGUUUGCUCCUGUGAAUGGCCUUACGAGCUCAUCUGUCUUCUUCAUGAGCAGAAGGUCUUUUGAGUGAUUGAUUGCAUUCUUCGGUUUUGCGUGAGACACGCAAUUUGUUCUGAUCUUGGUCAAUCCGCAUCCCCUUAUGUGACUUAGAACAGCCAAGGGAUUCUAAAGGACCAUGAAAGCAGUGUUUGGAUUUCUGGGUGGCCUUCCUAGACCUCCUGAAUCCCUGAGCUAAAUUCCAUUCUGACUCCACAGAUGACCAGAUCUAGUCUGAAGAAGUAUUAAUUAAGUGAGUCUUAUCACUAGGUUUUGAAUUGCUUAUGGCCUGAGCCACAGACUUUGCAAAUGUUUCUUGCAUGGAAGUCAUUGCAGUAUAAAUUGCAGAUGAAAUUGAUUUGUGAAUGGAUAAGUCUAUAAUAUUUUGUAAAGAAUCCUCAGUGAAGAUUUCACAGUCAUGAGUAGCACCAGGUUUUGGUGACUGAGAAGGAGUUUGUCUAAUUUCUUUAGAAUUUAUAUUCAAUAUUGCAACAAAUUGUAAUUUGUAAUUACUAUUAGUAAAUAGUAAAAUAAUGUUGCAAAAGAUUAGGUAAAAACCUGACAGGAAAGUCAAAUAAUUUCAAACUUAUAAUAAUUACCAAUAAAGAGCAACAAAGUUGUGGAGAAGCUGUGCUGAGGUAAAGUGGGCGGGAAUGUUAGCUGAGAACCAACUAACAGGAAUUCCCAUCCAUAAUAAAGUCAUCAAUCUAUGAGGGACUACCUGAAAUUGUGUGUGCAGCAAUUCGCAUGAAAAACUGUCAAAAUAAACUGAACAGUGAAAUACACGUUCGUACACAAAACCCGCAAACGCGAGUAUAAUAAACUAACACAAAAAAACAAAUGGCUGCGAUUCUUGAGUAAACCACCGAACGCGAGUUUCGAAAUAACUGAAAAUUAACAAUUCGUAUGAAAACUACCGAACGCGGACAAACUGCAAACUCACUUCAGAUGAAAAGGCGCGAAUGCCAGUGUGUAUGAACCAAAUAUAUAUAUUAAACAAAAAAAAAUAGAAAAAUAUAUAAAAUUACUUCAGAAAACAUACCACAUAAAGGAAUAAAUAUAUUUAACCAAACCAGAAGGUAUUAUUAUAGAAAACAGUAGCAUAAGUGAAUAUAUAUAGAAGGCUUGGCCUGUAAUUGUAGGAGGUACAUUUUUUUUCCCUACUUAUGCCCCGUGAGCCCCUACUCACCCGUCAGCGACAUUUCCAGAAGUACCCCUCCCACUGCACCCUCGGUUUAAACAUAAUUUCACCUAGGUGGGCCCUAUUUUACAGGUCUAACCUCACGUCAGUUUCGGCACACCUCAGCUGUCUUUGCUCUUUCUAAUACUGUUUCUUUCUUAUUAUUUAUUUGUUUCCUUACGUCCUCGAAAUGUGCUUAUCUCUCCUGGAGCAGCAAAGAAAGAGGAAGAAUAUUGGGGAUCAUUCACUAUAUUGACUAUGCCGGAUGCUGAUUGGCUCCUGAGUGUUCCAUUUGAGUUACUUUGUUUUUUGUCUUUUAUUCACUAAACUUUAUUGAAAAAAUGUCUUUGCUACUGGAGUUAAAUAAAGAAAGUUAAUGCAUAAUACGAGCCUCCUGUCUUGCUAUAAAAUUCCCAGAAACCCUUUCUUUGAGUAGAACGGAGGCUGGGCACAGACAGCUUUGAAAUCUGUUCGUCACUCCUUUCCCCUACAAAUUAUUCAGGCAAACAGAUUUUCACAGAUUUAUACCCCUUGCAGUGCUGGGGUAAACAUUUCGGAUUUGGCUGAAACAAAGCCCUGUUAUGUGAAAUGUAUUGCUAAGACUGUCUUGAUUUAAAGGUUUUGCCUAACUAAUUGUCAUGAUGGGGCUAUGUUAACAUUGAUAUUUGCAUGUGUUUGUGUGUAUUUUGCCUUUUUAUGGAUUAAUAGCAGCAACGUUAAACUUGCAAGAUUUUGUUUUGAUUUUUUUUUAACCUAAAUGAAUAGACUUAGAGAUUUAUUUUGGGCUAAAAGGCAGUUCUAGCCUGCCACAUGCCAGAAUCUUGGGGAAACCGACUUCUGGCAUCAGAAAAGAGGGGAUGGAAUGGAGAAAAGGCUGCUUUGUUUUGUUUUAUUCAUUUCUGGUGAGGCAAAUAAACCACUAACUUACCAUGACUGCCACCACAACCACUUACACAUCUGUAGGGCUCCCGCCUCCCAGUGCCAGGACUGCCAGCACAACUACUUACACAUCUGUAGGGCUCCCGCCUCCCGGUGCCAGGACUGCCACAACAACAACUUACACAUCUGUAGGACUCCAGCCUCCCAGUGCCUGAACUGCCACCACAACCACUUACACAUCUGUAGGGCUCCCGCCUCCCAGUGCCCGAACUGCCACCACAACCACUUACACAUCUGUAGGGCUCCCGCCUCCCAGUGCCAGGACUGCCACCACAACCACUCACACAUCUAUAGGGCUCCCAGUGCCCGGACCACCACCACAACAACUUACACAUCUAUAGGGCUCCCAGUGCCAGGAAUUAGCUUAUUGGUCAAGAUUCCUGUCAUCAUUCAUAUAAUUUUCCCUCCCUUUCUCUUGCGUUGCCACUUUUCUGAAAUCUGAAGCACUUCGGAACUUCGGCAAUUCAGCACUUCGGCACUUUAGCAUCCGAAUGUGCGAAUUUCACGAAAUUCGACUGAAUAUACAUUCGGAGUGAAACGAAUUGCACAUGUCUAAUAACUUCCCCUAAAAAAGGAAAAUCUGGGAAUAUAAUAGAAACAAAUAGCACUUAAUUUAAGCAAUCUAGUUAGAAAAAUGGGGAUAAUAGAUACAAAUUAGUAGCAGUUUAUUGAGUUGAUACACACAUAUCCAGUGUCUCAGAAGGCUUUAUUGGAUAUAUGCCAAUUACAUCUCUGGAUGAAACGAUAGCUGCUACUAAGUAAAAUUACAGGCUGAGAGAUUGUGUGGGGAGGUGCAAAGAUUUGAUAGCUGUAUCUCUAAUAUUCCCAAAUAGAAUAGAAUAAUUGGAAGCACAAUAAUAGAAAAAAAACUAUAGGUAGCUGUAACUGGAUAGUUAUUAUGUAAUUCCUGCUCAUGCCUCACAAAAAAGUAGAAAAGUAUAAGCUAUAAUAGAUGGAUAAUAAGAAUAGAAUUAGUGAGUAAAUAAGUCUGAGUCUCCCUCAUUAGUACAUCUGAAAGAAAUGAAGAGUAAAUAGAAUACACAGGGAAAAGGAUGAAUAAAUCCACUCAAAAAGAUAAUUAAUUUAAAAUACAACAAAUAAUAAGAUGGACAAAAAAUUAAAUAGAAUUUCCUUCACUAAUAUAUCUAAAAUAUAUAGUGAAUAGGUCAAGAACACAGAGAUUAUCUAUCUCCAAUGGCUGUCCCUAUAACACUCCUCAAUAAUUCUAAAGUGUCACAUAACUAAUUCUAUAGCAUACAUAAAUAAACUCCACUUACAAAGAUUAGUAAAAUCUGCAGCUAAGCUACCUAGGUUAAAUUACCAGAUAGCUAAUACCUCAUCUGCCUCAGCCCACUACCUCCCACUAAGUAAUAAACCUCUCAAUCUCAAAAAACAAUCUCAAAAGAAAAUCCCCAUAUGCACCCUCUUAAAAAAUGAAACAAAAUUAAAGGUGCUACAAGGUGCUCGAAGUGCUCAAAGUGAAAGAACAAUUAAGAGGCUAAAGGCCUGACGCAUGUCUCGGUGCCAAAAUGCACCUUCGUCAGGGAAGAUUUUUUUCCCCAACCUUUACAUGCUACUUCCUCUGGCACUGCAGCUCCUUCUACCACAGCUAGUUUAAGUCUACUUUCCCUACCGGUGCAAAUAUAGCACUUUUACUUCUGGCCCUAGUAUAAAUGGAAAGGCAAAGGGCCGAGUAUUACAAAAACAAAGCAAAGUUGGAUUACUUUGAGUCAUUCCAAAAAUGCCGACUUGCAAACUACCAAUUGUGCUGCAAGGAACUGAAUAGGAGGCAAGUAAUGGAUCAUCCUGCUAGAGCUAGUCUGAAUCAUCAUCUGAAAAGACACUAUUACUAAGGGAGGCAGCAGGUUCACUGUUGCUGUAUCUGAUUUUGCACAGUUGUCAAAACCUACCAACCGUGAUACCCCUCCAAUACUGUGCUGUGUUCAGUGUAGUUAAACACAAUUGCAUUACAGUAGUAGAUCCACCAACCAGCAAUCCAUUUUCCAGCAGAAACACAAGGCAGGGUAAAACCACUACAAUGACAGGCAUCUUUAAAAAGGGAAGCAACAGCGCCUGCUCCACUGCUACCAUCCAUUGACAGAGGUGGGGACAUGUUGAGGAUAGUGGCAAUCAUUAGUAGAUUCAAAGAGGAAAGUUAGACAGUGACAGACUUAUCAUCCCAGGGAAUUGUCCACCAUACUACUCUUGAACAAUUUGUUAGACUUCAUUUCAGGGCCAUGUUUAAACAUCAAUCUAACAGAGCCACCUGCUUGAUUGCUCAGGUUUAUGGAAUGCACCUACUGUCUAGCAUACCCUGUUUUUCUUCAUGGCACACUGGUGGCAGCCCACGGUGCUUGGAUAUGGUAGUGGAGGAGUACCCACCUUCUGCAAACCAUACUUGAAUGUUGCAGGAGGAUUGAUGAGCAUUUCCCCCAUAAUUUUGAGGCAGGAGCAAGAGAGAUGAGGGCUUCCCAUUUACCAUCUAUGACAAAAAGUGGAACUAUUCUUUAGAUAAGGUGGAAAGCAUUUUGUAACAGCAAAUGGCAAUCCACAGUUUAUCUUCCCACCACUCUGUUGAUGUUGACUGCUCACUGGGCAGAAUCUUUGACCCACAGUAAGGCCAGGCAAUAUUGUAGUCAUUUUUGCAUGUUAUCACAGUCAUAGGCACCAUUGUAUUUGCUGAUAGAAUUUCUUCCCUGAAUUUGUUCUGCCGCCCCUAAAGAGAAAAGCAUUUUGGCUGCAGUGAUUUGGAAGACGUGCAAAAGUCUAUAAAAUAACAAUCACCAAAUGAAGAUCCUGCUGAUUUAGUAAAGUGUUUAAUAAAUACAUGUAUACAAUGCUGCACAAAAGCCGUUCAGUUUAUAAACAAUAACAAUUAUAAUAAUAGGCUGGGAACUUAAAAACUAGACUGGAUUUCAGUAUGUGCUGCUGAUUCUGGUGAUAACUAGAACUGGUUUGCCGUUGACAAGUAAUUUUUGCUUUGGGAUUCACUGACUUCACACACCAGUGUUUUAAUGGAAGUAGGGCCCACAAAUGCAUCAUAGACCUUAGAGCAUGGUAAUAAAAUGUUCUUCCCACAGACAGCUGUCCUGCAAUAAACUAAAGAGUCAAUAACAGAUUAAUAUGCUAUAGGGAUAUGCAGUUAGUUCCCUAUCAAAGCAACAAAAUAACAGCAAUGGCCAGUAGAUGCCUGCAUGGACCCCCAUGAACCCCCAAGCCCCAGGAUCUAAUACUGCACUUCCAGAUAAAUAACCAGAGGAGGUGCUCUCCUGGGUUACCCUUCUAUCUAACACAGGCAAAUGAAAUCAAGAAAGCAGGUUAAUAAAAAAGCAAGGGGUACAAGGAUCACAACUGUUGUAUGUCUCAUGAGGCACAAGUAUUUUUACUUAGGGGUGAUGGUGAAGAGGAAAUCCAUACUAUGGGUAAUGGGGCAAAGAGCAUAUUUAUAGCAUUCUGGUUGUUAAGCGAGGCACAGAUUAGAUAGAGAUUUGUUAAAGAGUCACUGUAGUCACUUUGACUGCUUUAGUGGUUAUAAUGUAAAGAGUCCCCUGGCACUAUCCUGCCAGUCAAAGUAAAAUAACUUUAAUGUGUUAGUUGUACAUAAGUCCAUCCCCUCUGUGCUGCUUCAGCUAAUAAACAAGCAAUAGCCUGAGCACAAUUGAUGGCUGUAAUUGGUUGAAACUAUCAGCUGACCACUUUUAGCCUAUCACAGCGUUAAUUUCUGGUAUGAAUUGAAGCUAUGUCUUAGCCAUACCUCCAGUAGACGCCAUGUUGUGGGUGACCAGGGACCCAUAUAUAUUGUUAAAGUGCAAAUGGAUGGACAGUGCCUGGGGACUCCAGGAGAUAUAACCAAUUAAAUGAGAUGAACUGACUAUAUUGCCUACAGUGUCCUUUUAAGCAAUUCUCAUGCCCAGCCAGGCCAAGGAAAAAUGUGUGUGCUUUAUUGACCACUUACAUCCAUCAUUUCAGGACAGCAGCAGUAUAUCACAAAACUAAAAUCAGGCAGCUUGGUUGCACGAUUGCAAUGCAUGGCCUGUAGCUUCAGCUCCAAUAGCCCCUAUGUUAAUCUGACUGUGCAGCUCUAUAUACAGGGGUCAAGUCCUGGGGAAAAAAGUGUGGGAACUCUCCCAAAAAAAAAACCAAAACACUUGUAUGUAUGUUUAUAUAUAUGUGUGUGUGUGUGUGUGUGUGUGUGUGUAUAUAUAUAUAUAUAUAUAUAUAUAUACACACAUACAUACACACGCGUGCACACACACUCACACAGUGGUGUAUUUUAAUUUUAUGCUGCCCUAGACAUGACUAUAGAGCACCCCCCUAAUCUAAAUUUACCACUCCUUCAUGUCAAGGGUGCACCGCUUCCUGAUUAAGAACCCACCCCUUCCUCUUUAGACUCCACCUUUUCCUGCUCCUUUUAAAGAAAUACUAUAGUGCCAGGAAAACAAAGUUGUUUUCCUGGCACUAUAAUUCCGUAUAGUGCCCCCCUCCUCUCAUGUCCUCCCCUCCCCCACUCGACACUGAAGGGGUUAAAAUCCUAUGGGUAUUUAGCAGAUGCUGGAUGUCCUCAUGCACAGGGUGAGGACGUCCAGCAUUAGUUAGGUGACUUUUGGUCACCUAACCACCCAAAAGUCCCUCUAGUGGCUGUCUGAUAGACAGCCACUAGACUUGGAGUUACCCCUCAGGUAAUUAUUGCAGUUUCUGAGAAGGUUUAAGGGGACUGGGAUACUGCACCCAGACCACUUCAAGGAGCUGAAGUAGUCUGGCUGCCUAUAGUGUCCCUUUAAGCACACUCUCUGACAGACACCCACACUGGCAGAUACACACUGUAAGUAACACACACAUACGUCACUGAUUUGACACACACAUUCACUGACACACACUCAUUCAUUGACAGAGAGACACACACUAAUAGUCACACACACACUAAAUGACAGACUCACUUAUUUGACAGAAACUUUCAAUAACGUAUGCACAUACAUGCAAUUGCAAACAUACACAUGCAUACACUAACAGAAGCACAUACACUCACAUACACACGUAUAAACGCUAACAGACAUAAAUACACUCCUACACACACUGAGACAAACAGACAUCCACAGACAGACAUCCACACAUCCACAGACAGACAUCCACACAUCCACAAACAGACAUCCACAAACAGACAUCCACACAUCCACAUCCACACAUCCACAAACAGACAUCCACAAAUCCACAAACAGACAUUCACAAAUCCACAAACAGACAUCCACAAACAGACAUCCACAUCCACACAUCCACACAUAGACAUCCACACAUCCACAAACAGACAUCCACAUCCACACAUCCACAAACAGACAUACAGACAUCCACAAACAGACAUCCACAAAUACACACACAGACAUCCACACACAGACAUCCACACACAGACAUCCACACACAGACAUCCACACAUCCACAAACAGACAUCCACACACAGACAUCCACACACAGACAUCCACACACAGACAUCCACACAUCCACACACAGACAUCCACACAUCCACAAACAGACAUCCACACAUCCACAUCCACACAUCCACAAACAGACAUCCACAAAUCCACAAACAGACACACAUCCACAAACAGACAUCCACACAUCCACCACAGACAUCCACAAACAGACAUCCACAAAACAGACAUCCACAAAUCCACAGACAUCCACACAUCCACAAACAGACAUCCACAAAUCCACAGACAUCCACAAAUCCACAGACAUCCACACAUCCACAAACAGACAUCCACACAUCCACAAACAGACAUCCACACAUCCACAAACAGACAUCCACAAAUCCACAAACAGACAUCCACACAUCCACAAACAGACAUCCACAAACAGACAUCCACACAUCCACUAACAGACAUCCACACAUCCACAUCCACACACAGACAUCCACACACAGACAUCCACAUCCACACAUCCACACACAGACAUCCACACAUCCACAUCCACACACAGACAUACAUAUAUACAACUUAAUAAUAUUAUAAAAAAAUUAACAUUUCCCACCCACCCACCCAGCAUCCCUACCUUUCCCUGGGGUCCAGUGGGGCUGCAGUGAGGACGGCUCUCUCCCUGUCACACGCGGAGAGGGAGCUGUGUGCUCUCUGCUCCCUCUCGCCGCGCGGGAUGUCUGCUGUAGCUGGGAGCCGGGUUGAUGACGUCAUAUUCCGGCUCCCAGCAUCAGCAGACAUCCCGCGCGGCGAGAGGGAGCAGCGAGCACACAGCUCGCUCUCCGCGUGUGACAGGGAGAGAGCCGUUCGCCAGGUGGCCCCCCCCCCCCAUGACAGGGGGAACACAGGGCAUUUGCAGGAACGCCAUUCCCACGCGUUCCUGCAGGACUCGAGCCCUGUCUAUAUAGACUAUCCUUAAUAAAUUAAUACCUUAAUAAUCAACAUGCGCCCAUUAAUAUGGAUAUUUCUUAUAAUCCCAAAGUAUAUAAGGACUCUGGAUAGCUGUUAAUGUUAAGACAGAAUGGGUGGCAAUGACAGAAUUGUUUUAUUGCAUAUUGUAGCGUGCACUUAACUUGUUUAUAUAUCUACAUGAGAUUUUUUUUUUUCCUGAAUGUGUGCAUAAGUUCACUGCUGUCCCUCCUUCUCUACCUUCUCUUUCAUUCUGAGUUUUUCUCUGUAGAACAAAUAAUCACUUCCCUGGCACAGAGCUUGUUACAGCCUGAAUCUCUCCAGUGUUUGGACUCCUGGUAUCCUAGACACAAGCCCUCAUGGCUGGGGGUACGAAACCAUACGAGAUGCUUAAAUAUACUGCCCCAUGGCAGGUGCUUUGCAGUGGCUUGGAAAGGAGAGAGCAGGUGAGUUAACAAGGGCGCUGAGCUGUAUUUCAAUUGCAUACAUGUUUAUAUAUUUUUGAGAUUAUAACAUUUGUCUUGUGCUUGGUGCUGUGCUGCAAGGAAUAUUAAAUCUUUUAUAUUGAGCACGUUACUGAGCAGAGAAUUACUGUCUAUGUCUUGAAAAGUUUACUUGUUUUUUUACUCUAUGGAAAUAGCGGUCAGUGUGACUGUUACUGUAUUGAAACGGAUUUCUUUUUUUUCAGUAUUGUGGGCUGUGUGCAUUGCUGCUUGUGCAACAAGGUCUAAACCUAGAACCUCAAAUCUGGGGUUGAGUCAGGAAUAACAUUAAAUGAAAAGGAAUUGGGAACAAUUGUAGCUAACAAACCAGGCAACAGUAUGUUAUGCCAGUCUGCUAUUGCAGUUUCUAGCAAAGUGUAGUUAUUUACAAAAAGUGGUAUUGAUUCAUGUGAUCAAAAUAUAAGUUUGCCUUUUUUAAAUCAGCGGUAAGACUCCCCCCCCCCACCUUGAAUAUGCAAUGCCAUUUGGGGCACCAGUUUAAAUAAGGAUAUUGCAGAACUAGAAAAAUGCAGAGGCAAGCUACGAAAUUAAAGAGACACUAUAGGCACCCAGACCACUUCAGCUCAUUGAAGAGUUCUGGGUGCAGUGUACCUGUCCCCCUUAGUCUUGUAAUGUAUAACAUUGCAAUUUUUGAGAAACUGCAAUGAUUACAUUGCAGGACUAAGACUGCCCCUAGUGUCUGUCAGACCGCUACUAGAGGCACUUCCUGGUGGUUAAGCAAAUUUUGGUUGUCUAACUGAUGCUAAACGUACUCAUGUUCUGCGUCAGUUACCUCCCUAUAGGAAAGCUUUGAAGCAAUGCUUUUCAAUGGGGAGGGCCUAAUGCGCUCAUGGUGCUAGUCAUGCAUGCGCCCUAGCCACCCCAUCAGAUGAUGUCAGAGGAGACGGAACAUCGACCCAAUGCCGAGGAAAACCGACGCUUGAAUCAGGUAAGUGUUGCAAGGGUUUUUUAACCUUUGCAGUGCAGGAGGGGGAUGCGUGUGUGGGGGGACUAGAGGGAACUAUAGUGUUAUGAAUACAACGUUGCCUUCCUUACACUACACAAUCCAUAAGGGGGAUGGAAAACAUUAGCUAUGAGGAAAGGCUAGAAAAUAAUUUAUUUGUAUUCUUUAGAAAAAAGGUGACUCAGAGAUGUGAUAGCACUAUAGAAAUAUAUAUAGCAUGAUUACAAAGUUCUAGGUGCUAACCUGUUCAUUAGCAGGAAUAUACAACAGACAAAGGGUCACCCAUUGAGACUGGAAGAAAGGGGUUCACUGACAGCAGAGGAAAGGAUGCUUUACAGUCAGAACCAAAACGAUGAAGAAUUUGUCUUGUCAAGUUCUGUAAUAUAUAUAUAUAUAUAUAUAUAUAUAUUUUUUUUUUUUUUAAAGGCUUUGAUUUUUGGGGGGGAAGGGAAGGGGGGACAGAAUAUUAAUGGAUAUAUUUAACAUGUACAUUAAGACAAUAUAUGUAUGCCUUUAUGGGAGUCAAAAAGGAUUUUUUCCCAUUCUUUGGCCAUCACUUCAGAUUGGGUUUUUUGCCUUAUUUUGGAUCGACAGCAAAAAACUUAUGUGUUUUAAUUGUUGAGUCUGAUGCACUUAAGUCUUUAUUCAACCUAGAUUACUACGUAACUAUGUAGAGCAAUGUGCUAGAUGCAGUGCUUAAAGUAAACGGCUGUAACUGCGUUGGUUUUUUUUUGUGUUAGUGUUGAGUAGUGUUGUGUUGAAGCUCUGUCUUACUGUGUGUUUGUUGCUGUGUUUAAUUGAUCUGUCUUUGUUCAGGGCAGUGUGCUUGGUGCUGAAUGAGAGCUGCUGUCUACAGUUUGUUACACUUUUAGCAGUAUGAUUGGUGCUGUGUGGAACAGGGAAAUUAUAGUAUCUGUACGUUCCAUUACUCACAGGUUGGACCUAAUAAAAUAAAACGUCUUAUUGAUGCAUGUUGAAAGUGUGUAGGCAUACUAUAAUGUCACUGUGCUAAAGUCGUGACAGUAUGCUUACUGCUGUGUAAAAGUGUUACUUUUGAAAUGCAAUACGGUAUACUAGAAGUAUGACUGAAAAGGCAGUUUAUAAAAUAACUGAAAUGUGAAGCCUCACUAUCUCAAAUGUUAUCCUAUCUACAAUUGUUAUUAAAGCAAAGAUCAGAUAUUAUUUCAAAAUCAUAGAUCAUGUUAUUCUUCAUGUAUAUUGCUUUUUCUUUAAUUUUACUUUCUGUUUCAGUAUUCCUUAUUUUUGCCAUUUCACGAAUAAAUUACUAAGACACAACUUUUGUAUAUGCAGUUUUCUAGAUUUGCUUUACUUGCUGCACAUCUGAAUUAUAACACUCAUUUCAUAGCAUAAUUUUAUCACACUCAAAAAGGUAUUUACUAAAGUGAGAAUUCAAAGAGAAUUUAAAAUUUAAAGGAUCACUAUAGUGUCUGGAAAACAAACUUGUUUCCCUUACACUAUAUCAUCCUUAGGACCCCUCCACCCUCAGAAGCGCCUCCAGCGGCUGUCCGGAAGACAGCCACUAGAGGCUGGAUUAACCCUGUAAUGUAAACAUGGCAGUUUCUCUGAAACUGCUAUGUUUACAUCUGUAGGGGUUAAAACUUGGGGGACCUGGCACCCAGACCACUUCAUUGAGCUGAAGUGGUCUGGGUGACUGUAGUGUCCCUUUAAGACCAGACAAGCCAAACUAAUAGUAUAGUUGCUUGCUCAGCUCUAGUGUUCUUUAUUCUAUCUUGUUUGCACAACAUGUUAAACAACAUUUAUUACUUAGAAAGUUCCAACCAUGUCUUGAUUAUCUUAGCUGCAGCAUUUAUUCAGAGUUUCAGACAUGUUUGCCUAGCUUAAUGUUUCCAUCUCAAAAAAUGUGUAGAAUUAUCAAACUGUUUUGUCAUAUAACAUGUCUUGCCUGCUCUUGCUGUUGUGGCAUUGCAAGCUAGCCUGUAUCUUUUCUUGCAUAGCAUAAAAAAAAAAAGUAUAUAUAUAUUUGAAUUUUUUUCAGUUUGUAGAGAAUUUUUGCACAUUAGCUAUUUUGACUUCAAAUCGGAAAUUCACUUUGAAAUCUCACUUUAGCAAAUAACUCGGUGUCACAGUCCUUACUCACAGUUGUUUUAUAUCAUUGUUUCUAUACUUGCUGUAUACUCACUAACAUUCCAUUGACAUGAUACCAUUUAUGGUUUUGCAAUGAUAUUUAUUUACAACGCCUUGCCCAGCCACCAAGCACACUUAAUAAGUCACAAUCUGCACCUUAGACCAAAUUACUACUCACUCUUGACUUUAGAUCCCUCCUCUCCCCUGGGUGUGUCACCCUAAUGUCUCUCGGACUUUGCCUGCCAACCCUAAUCUAACACAUAUUCUAUAGUCAAAGUAGACGAGGGGCACAAGCUGGGCAUUGCAUUGUACCAGGACGUUAAGGUCAGUAAUUGAUUUUGGGUGCUUGAAAAAAGAACAAGAGAGGGUUAGGGGAUUCCUAUUAAGUGGCAGCAACUCCACAGUAAUACAGGCUGAUAAAAGGGGAGGAAUGGGAGGGGGGGUGAGAGGGGGGGCAAUACAGAAUGGUUAGGCUAAAACAGGAUAAAAUUAAAGAAGUGCAGGGGUAAGUAAGAAGAAAAUCAUUAGCCAUCCAAAUUUGUUGUUUAACACCAUUGGCAGUUACAAAUAGCAUUAGCUAUUUCAUGCAAAAUUCUUCUCACCAGUCUGGCAUCACAAAUUUGGUCGCAUGUAAACAGAUAUGCUCUUUAUAUCAUGCUCUUUAUUGCAUGUAAACAGUUAUUCUCUUUCUAUCACAAAAACAAACAAAAAAAUAUUCAAAUUCAUUCCAUAUUUGGGAUUUAUUCACUAAACCAGCAAUUGUGGAGAAUAUCAAGAAUUCUUUUUGCUAUUGCUCCAAAUUAAUUUUUUUUUUUGGCCUCAAAUAUGUAAUUCUCUCACCAGCACUGUACAAUUAGGUGUAAAGUAAAUAUUAAGACACAUGUGAAUAUACUCUAUAGUGUAUAAUUAAAUUUGUCGCAUCUUGUUUUUAAACGAUUCAUGUGCAUACAGUCAGUGUUUGUUGUUUUUUAAAGGACUGGUAGAGAGAGAGUCCGAGAACCAUCUGUGAACUUGGCUUAUCAGUUGCACACAGAAGUAUUGGACCAUUCUCAAUCCCCUCCCCACCCUAUGGCUCCUACUGAGGGAAACCAUAACUGAACAAUGCAUCAGUUGCUGAUCAGUUUCCUCCCUAAGCAUGCAGAGUUAUUCACUAAUGUGAUAAUUCACUGUGAAUUUAAAGUGAAUUUCAAAUUUAAGGCCCAAGUAGCCAAACUGGAAGCAUCUAUGACUUAAAGAAUGUUUCCAAUUUGGCUAUUUUUACCUUAGAUUUGAAUUCUCUCUUUAGUAAAUAAAACUUAUAGACACAUAUAGAAUCUUUAGAUCUACCAACUAAGCAAUUUGUUUUUUUUUUCAAAUGCAAAUGUCUCUAGUAGUGUACUAUUUUUUGGAAUAGAUUGGAGUUGUAUUGUAUUGUAUAUUGACAAUAUAGACAUCAAUUUACUUCUUUACUAGCAAUAGCUGUAAAAAGGUGUUCCAAAAAUAAUUUUGCAAAUAAUUUUGCAUCAGGUAUCCCAUAAUAAUCAAAAGAGGCAAAUGAAUAUUUUUUUAGAUUUUGCAUAAAGCAUAAAGAAACAAUGUAUUAUUGACUGAAUUUACAAUCAUAUUAGUAUUAUUUAAGCAAUAUGAAUUAAUAAUUGACUUGCAAUUUUUGAUCAGAGAAGCUAAGUUUAGUUGAAUAACAUUAACGUAUUAAAGUAGAUAUAUUACAUUAGUUAAAUUGUAUAUAUACAUAUAUUUUUGUAUCAGCCCAUGACUAUUUGCUGAUAAGAGAAUAAAAUCCAGAAUAUUAUUUUAUUGGGUUAAAUGGAGUACUAAGAUACAUAGAGCACGUGGAAAGGUAAAAUAUUCGAAAUCAACGGAUUUUUUAAAAUGUUGCCAUUAAAAAGGACAUUUCUAAAUGAUGAGGCUUAUGACAAUGUCAAUGUAAUGACACUGUACUAUGAGUGCUAUUAUAGCUCAGUUAAUAAUAGUUCUAAAGUGUUCUAUAAACAUAUUCUCAGAGCAUUGAACCUUCUAACCUUUCUGCACACUGGAGAUACUGAGUGCAAUUCAAAUUACCCAAAUUCAUGCUUUGACUCGCUGAGAAUGAUUGGAGUGGCUGUCCACAGUAUUUUGAAUAUUGGUAUACCAGUAAACUUACAUAUAUAAGACUUUAAUGCACACAUAGACAACGUUCAGCAUUCUAGAUGUACUGGACUACAUUAUUCAUGAUGCUUUGCCAGUAUUAUGGCUGUAAGAGCAUUAUGGGUUAUGUAGUUCACAACAUUUGGAGUGCCAAAGGUUGCCCAUACCUGCUCUAACUCCAAGAACCUUCUAAACAUAACCUAACUACUCUCUAACCACAACAAAGACUUAUUAAAGUUGGGUCAUUGCAGCACUGUUCAAAUUCAUUUAUAUUUCAAACGUAUUUUAACUAAUCUCUUUUUUCCUGAAUCCUUUUUGAAUUUAGUGUUUAUAUAUUCCAUGCAUAGGUUACCCUGUACUAGGAACAAAAGAUAUUACUAACUAGGCUUGAUUGGUGGUUAUCAGUAUGAUAAGAUUACAAGGGAGAUCUGCUUAAGUGUGAUGAGUAAUGACUUUGAAUUUAUCCUAAAAUUAUUUCAAAUGCAAAAAAACUAGAAAACUUUUUUAAGGGGAAUGUAAUUAUUUUUUGAACUGUAGACUUGUAGUCAUCAUAUAUAUACAAUAUUAGUGAAAUUAGCAAAAUAAACAUACAGGAAGGAACCUUUUUGAACAGAGCUCAGAAAUUGCAGUUUUUGCAAAAUGUCCAAAAUCCCUAUAUAUACUGAAUUUUAGAAACAAUAUUAUCUUUGAAAGAGCAAAUCGUUUACUCUUCCUUUAACGUGGAUAUGAAUGAUAAAGCUACAGAAGUAGUUUGCUAUAAAAGCAAGAUUGCUACUUCAGCUGACUUUGCAAAUUAUAUUUAUAUAUGACAAGAUGCUUUUGAAUUCUUGAGCAAAAUUCACCCUUGACUCAUUAAGAUUAUGCAUGAUAGCACCACUAGCUUCCCGAAAUGCUAUUGAAUAAUUCUUACAGUCACCUAUAACACAGAGUGUGGCACUUUUUUAUAUAACCAAUACGUUUUUAUAAUACUAAUAAUAGCACAAGACAGUUUAGUAGAAUGUUAACAUGUCACUAGCAUAAUGUUGCUGUAUAUCUCCUCUCAGUAGACCUUUCCAUCCACUAAACUUUACUCAGUUAUUUGAAUGGAACUAACCAAACCUGCAAACUUUUUUUGUAAUGAUCAGUACUGUCGGAACUAAUAAAACCUACUUAUUAACGUUACACUUUCUACUACAUUCAGCAGUUUUUAUGUAAAUCACUUUUAUUAUUGCAUACAUGCUGAGCCCCUUGAAAUUCAUGUCUGAGAAAGAUUGUGUGUUAACAAAACCUAGAAUAAAUCUGUAAUUUGACUCAUUUUCAGCAAACAUCAAUUUUACCAGGCUUGAGGCAAACUUUUUUUCUGCAUCGUUACUUUAUUUUGCAAACAACUGCGAUGAUAGCAUUGCCACUAGAGGUGCAGUGGCAAAGGAAUGCAGAAGAUGUUGGUAACAUAUACCUGAAACUGUCCCCGAUAGGAGCGGCGAUCUUCAUUCUUAAACUCAUGAAGCUUCUGUCCCCAAAAGUACAACACUACUGUCUAUGGAGUAAAUACCGAAUAAACCUCCAUAUAUCAAGUGCAACACAAUUCAUGAUUCACAUGGGGGUUACUGACAAAACUUGACAGUGGAAGCUCUGCCUUUUGUCAAUUUUUGUCAAUCUAAGGCUUUACUAUAACACAAAGCUGUUCUUACUUUUACUUAUGAUAACUUUUGACUGCAUUAGAAUUUCAAUGAAAUUCCAAAGCAGUCAAUAUGAGCAUUUCAUAAAUAUUAAAUUUUUCUGAAAUGCUCAUCAAUAUUUUUAGGUGAUGGGGCCUCUUUACUAAUACCACAUAGUGUUGGGUAUUUCUGUGGGUGCACAAUUUUAAUGCAUUGGAGUGAAGGUUUAUUUGGAAAUUAACUCAUACUGGAACCGUUGCAAAGCCACUGCCGCAGAGACAUAUUAGGAAUGGGAGAUGGAUUACUGUAGGAUCUGGUAGACUUAGAGUUGUGGAUAAAAGGCAUAUUGCACAUCCUGUUGCUCUACAUAAUUCAUUUUCAGCACUUUCAGAGUGUAAUGGUGCUAUGGAGACAGGCUCAGGCACCAAGUCCAGUGGUGUUAUGAGACAGGCUCAGGCACUGAGUGUUGUGGUGUUAUGGAGACAAGCUCAGGCACCGAAUGUAGUGGUAUUGUGGAGACAUUCUCAGGCACUGAGUGUAGUGGUAUUGUGGAGACUGGCUAAGGCCCUGAGUGUAGUGGUGUUGUGGAGACAGGCUCAGACACCAAGUGUUAUGGUGUUAUGGAGACAGGCUCAGGCACUGAGUGUAGUGGUGUUGUGGAGACAGGCUCAGGCACUGAGUAUAGUGGUAUUGUGGAGACAGGCUCAGUGAGGCUCAUGGUGAGGCCUGAUAGAAAGCAGUUGUUGUUGGGGGAUUCUAUCAUAAGAGGUGUGGAGCUGGACAAUGGUGGUCUUGUGAGAUAUCUUCCCCGAGCUACUGCUCACAGAGACAGGAGAUAAAAUUUGUAAUAUUGUUAAGCAAGCAAAGCAGGAAGGGGAAUUGGAUGUACUUGUCCAUCUAGGGACAAAUGACUUGGCUUGCAAUGAGGUUUCAGGGGUAAAGGAAGUUUUUUGUGUUUUUGUCAAUGAUAUACGGCAGGUUGCUUCCACACUGUCAUUCUCUGAAGUUCUGCCUGUGCAUAACACUCAAAACGACAGGCAGAUGCAUAUUAGGGACUUUAACUUGUGGCUUGCUAAAUGGUGUUGGGAGCAAGUACAAAAAAGAUGGUUUGCAUCUUUCUCAAAAGGGAACAAAUGUUCUCAGUGAGCAGUUCAGAGGUUUUGCUAGGAUGUAUUUAAAUGAGGAGGGGGGGGGCAAAAGGGUGAUAAAACAUCAAUCCAAUUGCCCCCCACAACAAGGACAACUAGUGCCUGCAGCAAGUGUGUUGAAAAAUGAUAAACUUAGAGUGAUGUCUACAAAUGCUCACAGUUUAGGGAAUAAGAUCCACGAACUUGUGGCAAUAAUGGCAACUGAUAAUAUAGAUUAAGUCUAAUGAGAAAAAUGACUAGGACAUAGCAAUACCUGGGUACUUUUUAUAUAGAAAAGAAAGGAAUUGCAAGAAAGGGGGAGGGUGGCCCUGUUUGUCAAGGAUAGCAUAAUAAUCUAGCCUAAUAAAAGUUAGUGAGGCGAACAUAGAGUCCGUUUGGGUUACGUUAGAAUUUGGUAAUCGCACAGUAACUCGUGUAGGUGUGAUUUAUAGGCCCCAAGGACAAAUAGAAGAGUUAGAUAAUCUACUAGUUGAGGAAAUAGCUAAAAUGAUAAUGAAGGGGGAAGUUAUCAUCAUGGGUGACUUUAAUCUUCCUGAUGUGAACUGGAAAUUCAAAAUAGCUGCUUGUGCCAGGAGCACACAUAUUCUAAACUCCCUACUGGGAGUGUCUCUAAAACAAGUCGUUGAGGAGCCAACUCGUAAAGAGGCCAUACUAGAUUUAGUGUUAACAAAUGUAGAUUUGUUAUCAGAUAUUACUGUAGGUGAAAGUUUAGGAUCCGGUGAUCAUCAGUCAGUGUGGUUUAAUAUAAGAAUAGUGACCACACAAAAACAAAAGUUUUAGACUUUAGAAAAACAGACUUUUCUAAAAUUUGAAUAUGUGUAAAGGAUUCAUUAUCAGACUGGAGCAGUGUAAUUGGAGUCCAAGAGGAAUUGGAUUAUUUAAAAUGUGCACUGCUGAAGGCAACAGAAAAUUGCAUUAGGCUUGUCAGUAAAAUUUAAGAAACCACUGUGGUACUCCGCAAAUGUAGCCAAAAUAGUAAAAAAAACAAAAAGCUAGCAUUCAGUAAUUAUAAAAAAAAAAAACAGAGUGAGGAAGAUAGACAGAUCUAUAAGAUUAGGCAGAAAGAAGCGAAGAGCUUCCAAAUCACACACAAAGAGAAAAUAGCACAGUCAGUAAAAAAGAGGACAAAACAUUUUUUAUUUACAUAAAUGAGAAAAGAAAAGUAAAACAAGGAUUAGUUAGAUUAAAAACAAAAGAAGAAAGGUAUAGAGAAGAGGAUCAAGGUCUAGCUGACUGCCUAAAUGAAUAUUUUUGUUCAGUAUUUACAGAUGAAAAUAAAGGAAAGGGGCCUCUGUUAGAAAAAAGGACACAUUAGUCAUUUGUUUAAUGUGAGUUUACAGAGGAAGAGGUUCUAUUUCAACUGUCAAAAGUAAAGACAAAUAAGGCAAUGGGACCUGAUGGAAUACACCCAAAGUUAUUAAAAGAGCUUAGUGGUGUACUAGCAACACCAUUGACAGAUUUAUUUAACCAAUCAAUGUUAACAGGAGUAGUCCCAGAAGAUUGGAAGUUAGCAAAUGUUCUGCCCAUUCACAAGAAAGGUAGUAGGGAGGAGUCGGGCAACUAUAGGCAAGUAAGCUUUACUUCAGUAGUGGGGAAAGUAAUGGAAACCAUGUUAAAGAAUAGGAUUGUUGAACAUCUAAAAUCACAUGGAUUUCAAGAUCAGAGACAACAUGGGUUUACUUCAGGGAGAUCAUGCCAAACUAAUCUUAUUGAUUUUUUUAAUUGGGUAACUAAAAUAAUAGAUCAGGGUGGUGCAGUAGACAUUGCUUACCUAGAUUUCAGUAAGGCUUUUGACCCUGUUGCACAUAGAAGGCUUAUCAAUAAGCUGCAAUCUUUGCAGGGGCUGAGUGACAGGCAACAGAGGGUUGUAGUCAAUGGAGUAUAUUCGAAGCAUGGUCUUGUCACCAGUGGGGUACCUCAUUUUUAUUAGUGAUAUUGCAGAAGGUCUUGAUGGUAAGGUAUGUCUUUUUGCUGAUGAUACUAAGAUAUGUAACAGGGUUGAUGUUCCAGGAGGGAUAAGCCAAAUGGCAAAUGAUUUAGGUAAACUAGAAUAAUAGGGCAGAGUAAAGAAUAUUUGAUAGAGUCCUAACCUCAACAUCUGAGGAAAGAGAGAGAGGACAUAGUCUUAAAUUAGAGGGGCAAAGGUUUAAAAAUAAUUUCAGGAAGUAUUAAUUUACAGAGAGGGUAGUGGAUGCAUGGAAUAGCCUUCCAGCUGAAGUGGUAGAGGUUAACACAGUAAAGGAGUUUAAGCAUGCAUGGGAUAGAUAUAAGGCUAUCCUAACUAUAAGAUAAGGCCAGGGACUAAUGAAAGUAUUUAGAAAAUUGGGCAGACUAGAUGGGCCAAAUGGUUUUUACCUGCCGUCACAUUCUAUGUUUAUAUAUGUAUAGGUUAUUAUGGCUUGAUGUUGAUACAGCAGGGGUGGUGUUUAUAAGUAUAGAUCCACGUAAUAUUAAAAUGUUGGAGUCGUAAUGGGAUUUUUAGAAAACAUUAAGGUUUAGGGUUGGCUUUAGGGCAUGGUAUAGGACUGGUUUUAAUAGAGGCUUAAGACAAAGUCUGCAGAAGAGGCUUUAAAAUGUACCCUUGGGCUAGUCACCUAGUUUGCUUACACACCCCUGUCAACUUGCUUCAAUGCAAUCUUCAAACUAAUUAUUAUCCUAGCAUAACAUCACAUAUUUUACCAAUGUAUUUUUUACACUUUGAACUGGUGUAUGAUUUUACACAUUUCUGCCUCUCACCACCAGUUAUUGAAGAUAUAAACUGUUAGAUGAUUCACAGUUAAAGGAUCUACAGAAUUAACGAUUAACCAAGACUAAAGAAUAUUGUUAUUCAGAUAAGACGUGGUUCAAAAAUACUCAUAGAAACUUUGACCACAGUAAGGUAUUUAUGGCAGAAGAAUUGAAAUUACUUUGUUGCUAGAUUAUUUGAAUUUGUUUUAUUAACACCUUUGUUGCCACAGAAGACAACACAUUAACAGGGUUAUUUAUGAAUUGUCUGGAAUUCAAUGUGAAUUUUAAAUUUAAGGCCAAAUUAGAUAAACAUAAUGCGUAGUUGACUUGGAGAUCUUUCCCAGUUCGGCUACAUUGACCUUAAAUGUGGAAUCACUUUCUUAAAGAACUACUAUUAGCUAAUUACUGUUGUUCUAAUGCCUCUUAUAAGCUAUAUUUAUGUUGCUUGAUAACACAUUGCCAGAUCCAUUUUCUUUUCUUGUUACCCUGGUGUUUUUAAUUGCCAUUGUGGUAGGCACUGAUGAUUCCAUUUGUUUAUUUUCGCAAACAGCCAGCUGUGAAUGAAAAAGCAAAUCGUCAUACAGUUGAGCUAGACUCUUCAUCACUCAAACAUCGACAAGAUUAUGAAUGUGAACUUGGUGUCACUGACUCUUCAGUGGUUACUAAACACCAAUUUAUUAGUACAGAAAGUCAACAAGUGAUAAAAAACGAGUCAGUGGACCCACCGGAUCUUAUGGUAUUUGAGACUGAACAAAAUGCUCGUGAUGUAGAAGGUAAUAUACUUGCAGACAGAGCUGAAGUGAACAUCUAUCAGCAGAACGAUAACUUCUUACUUAGUCAGGAUACAUUUAGCAUACCUAAACAAACAACUUCUACAGGUGCCCCAGAGUCAACCAUGGACAGAGUUACAAGAAGUCAAAUUUUUUCCCUGUCCUCAGCAGGAAGUACAUAUACCUUACACGAGGAGCCAGAUCUUAAUGUCAUCAGUGAACACAGCCAAAGUACAGAAGGUAAACACAAGAGCACUCCAGAUGGAGAAAGAAAGUUAAAGUUGCUGAAGGAGGAAAGUCACUUUGGUAUAAGGGCUUAUCUCCCUGAGACCAGUCCAACCAAGUUAUUUGAAAACGGUGAUGAUGAUGAUGUUCAAGCUCGGUCACAUGAGUUUACCCAGGAAAAAGCAUGGGAGCUAGAGAAACAGAGGAGAGAUAUCAUAAAGAAACAAGGACAAAGGAAAAGCUUGGACGUGGAUGAGAUCAUCAUUCACAGAGAUGUAAUGGACACCUCAAUUUCAGCCACUGACCUCAAUGAAAUAGACAGUGAUCAUAUGAAAGUGAAUGUGGACACAGAGCAAAUAAAUUUUGAAGCUGCCAGAAAGCAAUUUUUGAUGUUGGAAAAAAAGCGUAAUAGCCUCCCGAUUAGUCCUAGACCACAGUCAAAACCCCCCCGCUCUAAAUCAUUUUAUGUAAGUGACUGGAAUUCAGAGAUGCAAGGGAUAGAAGACACGAUAACAAUACAAUCUGAAGUGAGAACACAGUCGAAUGAGCCUCCACAAACUCAAGCAGUUAGCUCCAGUGAACUGCGAAAACAGUUCUACAGGGAAUUGUCAACUGAUGACAGAGAUGGUGAAACAGAAGAUAAUUCAAAAGGAGUGAACAAAGUAGAACACUCCCAAGAGAAACCAGAGCAAAUUCCAAACCCCAGCAAUGAGACACCUAUUGAAAGGGAGAUUCGCCUGGCACUUGAAAGAGAGGAAAGUUUACGUAAAGAGAGGGGUAUUCAAGGUGUGGGGGACACCAAAGAGAUGGUAGAAAUACUCAAAAACCCAGUGCUUUCACAGUCCUCUGAUACAGCUAUCCAAAAAAAGAGCAAAGAGAGAACUCGUUCCAUAAAUUUCCUCCAACGAGAGAUUGAGAAGGAUGCUCAACGGGAGGCUGUCCUUAGAAAUGAAGGGAAAGUGGCAGGACUUUAUGAUAAAGGUAAUGUCCAAGAGCUAGAUGAACGUAGAAAGGUAUUUGAGCAGCCAGAUGAUAUUCCUGUUCAACCACAGCUAGGGAACACAAAACGACUCUCUAAAGCAGCAACAAUUGAUUUAGGAACAAGUGAUAUUGCAGGCCAAGCAGAUAGUACGCAGACUUCUGAAAACACCAACUGGACUGUCUUGGAUGCACCUCAACCCUAUAGUGCAAGAAUAAACUACAAACCAACACCACUAAAUAUCUCUAGAUACAGAAGGGCAAGUGCGGAUAAUAUUCUAGAUUUUAACCCACCUACUCAUGCUUCAUCAGGAGUGGAUAUUUCAGCAGAAACACAGAUUCUGCAAAAGGAGAAUUUCCACAUUCAGCCCUGGAAAUUCCGACAACACGGGGAUGAAGAGAAAAUGCAGAGCCCAAAAUGGACAGAGAAAACUCAAGAUAAUGCAAACCCUGAAGAGAUAUACAAAACUACACGCCUGAGACCUGUAUCAAGUGUGAUAGAGAAAGAAAUUCAGCAAACAUUAGAGAGGGACCUUGAGCUAAAGGAGCAAAGGAGGAAAAGUGAAGUACCGUAUGGUAUCACAUCUACAGAUGGUCAGAUCACCACCCCAGUCAAUGGGCACAACCAAUAUGGAAAAACAGUGUUAAGUUCAGGUAGGCAGUGUUUGUUACUGCAAGUCUAUCUUCUUAAUUUCUAUAUAAAAAGCUUUGUGUAUAAAUAGCAACUUAAUCAAAUAUCACCUUGUGAUCUACUUGUAAUAUUAAGUAGUGCUUAAAGAAUGAAAAUCUCAUGACUUCUAUUAAAAUUGUCAAAUGAUUUAAUCAAAUUUCUAAAACACAGCAGUAUAAUUACACUACUGCUAAAUAAUUAUGGUGAUAUUAAGGUGGCAUGGGAUAUCGGCAAGAUGUAUUGUUGCAUUUUUAGAAUUUUAAGCUUUACAUGUACAUAUCAAUAUAAUUAUUUUGUGAUUUAAAAAAAACUAUAUAUUUGAUUUGACUUUUUAAAACAACCCGAUUUCAAUGGAAAAACAAACCUUAUGAUUUUAAGAAGGAUUUCAUUAUUAAUUACAUUUUUUUUUUAUCCUCUGAUUUAUUUAUAUAUUCUCUUAUUUGUAGGUGGCUCAAACAGAUGGAAUUCCUCCAGUCAAGGUUCUGCAUCUUUUGUCUCACCUAUACAAAUGUUCAGGCCAAGGAAAACUCCCAAGUUUGUUGUUUCUGAGUCAGAUUCUGACAGAUUCAAGAGAUACGGGGAUGUAAGUGCUUUGCCCGACAACAGAGUGCAUCUAUACAGCUGAAAUAAUUAAUUUUACUGCAGAAUAAUAGUACUUUAUUAGUAUUUGAAUAAUUUAAUGUAAAUAAAUUGUUUAUAUGCCACCUUUCUUCUCAGCUAUGAUUUCAAGUAUUAAGGGACCUGAUACGUUUUAACAUGCAUAUGUAUUUUCUUCUGGUGAAUUGUGUCGGGGUGGUAAUAAUUUUAAAGCAUCUCUGUCACCUUCUGGGGUCUUUGCAUAUUUUGCAAAGACUGCAAUGAUGACAUCAAGGUGUGCAGUGGCCCAGGUACGCAGCAGAGGUCCCCCGCAGGAGCCACCAUUUUAAAGCUUCAGAUCCUGGUCCUUUAUCCACCAGGAGCCCAUGUCAAUGCUGUACUCUCACACAUGCGUAAGAGUACAACACUGAGGUCUAUGGAGGAUCCCAUAAUACUACGGAAACUGCCAGUAUAUAUACUGAUAUUUUAGAGACAUUUGGGGAAAGUGACAAAACUUGACGGUGUGUCAAGUUUUCUCAACUUUAGAAUUCUUUUAUAUAUGAUAUCUUUUGAUUGUGGGAGAGUUUCAAUGAAAUUCCAACACAAUAUUGAAGUGCGUUUCAGAAAAGCUUUGUCUUUAUGAAAUGCCUCUGUUUUCUGCUUUUUUAUGUUUUUUUGUGGAGGAGAGUUGCUUUGAAAACCAACAAUUAUUCUACGUAGUAUUCCCUGCUUCAAUGCAGGGAAUCAGGGAAGAUCAGAGUGAUUAACUGUUGGCUUUCAAACACUGCCUGACCCAAGGUGCAUGUAUACGGCUGAAAGAUUCUGUAGUAUACUAAAGGUAAGGAUGAUUUGUUUUGUUAUUUUUCUCAUUUUGUUAACAUAUACUUCAUUUAAAAAAAAAAAAAAAAGCAAUUUCCUUUCAAAAAUUUAUGACAGAAUUAUUAUAUUAAAAAAUAGUUUGGAAGUGAAAGUUGUCUUUUAACACUUUGGCAUUAUCAAUAUUAACUGUGUCCAACAUGGAUGAAAUUGAUUGGCUAAGUAUGUUUGAUGAGUUGACGUAUUGCUUAAAGUGUCCCAUCAAUCCGCCUGCAGGCUACUACGUGUUGGGCCAAAACAGUAGGAAAGAUCUGGAAAGACACGGCUGAGAUAAUGUUCUUUCAAAAGCUAAAAUCAUCCUCCUCUGAGACAGUCUAUAUUUUAAAUUACUUAAAUAAGUCAGUUAAUCAUAGUGGUAAUGAGUUAAACAAGUUUCCAACUUAUACCAGCCAUUACUUGCUAAAAUAGCAAAAAGUAGGGACAGCAUCCCAAUUGUAAAAUGUCACCAUUAGUAACAGGGAUUUACCAGCAGAUGUUACUGUUAACCAUUUCCACAGAGUAUAAUGAGACCACAUGGUUACCAACCUUGCUAUUACAUUUUACUGCGUGGGAACCUACAAAAUGAAGUUAACUAUUAAACUCUCCCUGCAUCAUAUAGAGAGCCAGUCAGUGCGCACAUACACAGGGAAAACACACAUACACACUCACUUACUUAAUUGACAAGUCUUCUAAGCCAACCAAUCACGGUCAUCUGACUGACAUUCAAAACUUGGGAAGGCCUAAAAUGCUCAGACAAUGUGGAGUUUUCAAUGAGCUCAUAUUGAUGAUUUUUGUUUAAUUUUUAAGACCAGAUUUUUUUUUUGAUUUUUUUUUAACUGUUUUAGCAGCCUAUGAUGCAUGGUCAUGUAACCUUUUUUAAGGGGCAAAUAAAAAUUAUUACCCAAAGAAAACUUCAUAUUUGUAUUGUAAAAAUAUUUAUUUUUCACAGGAUUUUUUACAUUAGUUUAGACUUAUUGGGCCCCUCACUAUUAUGAGUGUGAGGGGAUAGGCAAGGACAUAUUUGUGAGAGGGGCUGUCUAGUGCUUGGGCAAUCAUAGCUUCCCAGGUGGAUAGACAAGGGGGAGAGAUGUCCACUUAGUUUUGCCUUGGAAACUAUGCAUCUAUUUAUCCACCUUAAACAGGCACUAAAGGGGCCCAGGGCACUGAGCAUCAACUGAGUUGCACUAUAGUGGAACUUAUAGGAGCUCAGAAGACUGGGUAACCUCUUGGCCCCAUUACCAGAGCAGUUAUAGGGACCAUUUCCAAUGAAAGAAGGGACCACUUGUUAUUGGAAUCAAAGGACACCUCAUUAUUUUUUAAUUAUUAUUUUUGUUUUGUGCCUUUAAUGCCACAGCUGAAAGCAGCAUAUUGCAAUGCUCUCUGCCGUGACACAGAAACAGAUGUUAUGGGUUUGUGUUGCUAUUGUAAUUGAUUAUUACAUGCACUUUGUUUUUAAUUUUGUGAUUGCUACCAGUUGCUGUAGACCUAAGAGUGUUAGGCCAUUAAAGGAAGAUUCCAAGUGCUGUACUGUUUAUGAUGCCAAGAGAGGACUGAUUUCCCACCAUUUUGAGGAGUCAGCCAUUUUAGAACAGUAUUGGCCAGAACUGUUUUAACUGGAAGCACUCUGUCUGAUCAAAGCGCGGCAGUGCUCAGGAGGCUUAAUUGAUAUGCCUAAGGAGCUUCCCGCUCUCUCUCGGAAGUAGUAGAGGUGAGCAGUGGCACCCUGAAGACCCUUAAUCUGUUCUAUGGUGUGAUGUAGUGAUUUUAUUGCUUUGAGUGUUUCUUUAAAAAAUAACAACAGUAUCUAAUAAUUGCUGGCUGUAGUUAAUUAUACAAACAUAUUUAGUGGCACAGUAAAAAACAAGGUUAAUCUCUUGCUGCCUUAAAGAAACACUCAGGGUGUCAUAACAGCCACUGAACCCCCCAUGUAAGUAGUCAAACUGUUUGCUAUUGGUAUGACAACAUAUGUGUGGUUUGCCAAGUGCCUCCUCUACUUGGAGCCAGAAGCUUUCUGCUCUGUGCUACCCCAGCAGUGCUCAGCUGUGCUAUCUGGCAGACACUGGCGGUGCCAUUUUGCUCUUGCAACCAUAACCACUAUUGUGUGCUGAAGUGGUUAUGGUGCUUGGAGUGUUCUUUUAAAUAAAAUCCUUUACCUAUCUUACUGGUGUUCUUGCAUAGGAGAGUGUACAGAUGCACAUUUUAUGUGCAUUAUUAAUGUUGGUAGCUUUUUUGUAGCCAUUUGUUUUGUGUUGGUUAAAUCAAAAUGUGAGCUUUGUACAUGACGGACAUGUUAUGCAAAUCUCUUUGUGCCACUGCACACUGUCCUACAGGGUGUGGUUUAUGGUCUGUGUCUAUACAUUAAGAUCUACAUUCUGACGACCGAUAGUUCUUAAUUCUUUUUUUUUUUUCAUUAGUAUGCCGGUAUUGAUUCAAGUGACGAUGUUAACACAGAGGUAAGGAAGAAAACAUAUUUUUUCCUAUAAUGUCUAAAUUUCCCUUCUAAAGGGAAACACAGUUUUAAAACAUAUAAUUAAUAUCUGUAAAAAUGCAUUUUGCUAAAAUUUGCACAAAUAUCUCUUAACCCACCAAAAAACAUACCUUUCAUUACCUAUUGAAUUGGCAUCUGCAAUUAAUGAAGAUCCACCUCCUUUUUGUCCAUCACUGAAUUCCUUGGUAGUGUUGGGUAUUGCCCAAUCAGAUGCUUAUCAUAGACAGGCAUUGAGGACCAUAUGAGUGGUUGGGAACCAUAGAGAUGAGUGGUUUUAUUGAGAUUGAGAGAUUUGUAUAAAAACAUUCACACUUUAGAUCUGUAUUUUCUGCCAUUUUAAUGUAUUAACCUUGUAUUACAUUUUAUCUGUCCAUUUAACUGCAGACAUGCUAUACAAAAGUUAUUGUGGAUAACAAUUUUUAGAGUGAUCAUUUGACUUCACUGUAGGACACUAAGUAAAGUGUGCAUGACAUCUUGUAAAAUGCACAAAAUGAAUUUUGUCACUAAGAGUUCCCAAAUUUUCUUGCAGGACACACAUUGAUUAGCUCCCUUAGUGUCAUGAAUUAUCCCUUGUUAUUGUGACAAGCUUGGUUUUCAUUGUUUCUGAAAGUAGGGUUAAAAAUUUCAAGUUUAUCCCUAAAUGUUACUCAAUACUUAAAACAUAAAUUUUGCUGUGCGACCUCUUAGAAUAAUAAAAAAGCAGCAGCGAAUUCACCCACUCCACCACCAUGAACAGCAGUACCCAACAAUUCGUAGCAUGUAGGUGCACAUUGACAAGGCUAUUGGCUAAAUAGAAUUUUACAAAGUGAAAUCAAAAACCGAGCUAACUAUUUUCUAAAUCUGCUUGACAUAUGCAUGGUCGCCUUGUCGGCAUCUGCUUAAACCCCACCAAAUACCCAUUUCCAAUAAAACACUGACAACAUAGUUUUGGCAAAAUUAUAUCACAGCUUUAUUUGAUACUUAACAUAAAAUAUAAAGGUCAUUGUCAACAGCAGGCCAACGUUGGCCUGCACAACUACCAUCCUGCAGUUUACAAUUUAACCCCUUGACAAUGACCCACCCCCACAUAACAUAAUACCCAAACAUUGUAACAUUUAGCUUAACAUUGAACAUGACCAUUGCCACCAAAGGGCACCAUCCAUUGCCACCAAAGGGCUCCACAAGUGUAGGGGCAUACCGAGACACCCCUACACGCCCCGGUUCGGAGCUACCUACAAGCUCGAACCCACCAAACCAGUUAAAAGGCCUACCUAUUAGCCCUGAACUCCAAACUUUUUCCCCAUCUCACUCUUUUCUCCCCCCAACUUUAUUCCCCAUCCCCCGCCGACGUGACCAAACGGGAAACACCUGAAAGCAAAGGGAGACAACAACAGGUAAGUGCAACUUAGAUUAAAGUGAUCCCUAGUUCUAAAAUGGCCACUACUUAUACUCCCCUUAUAACUCCACCCCACACCACUUCCUUAGACCAAUCACUGACCACUGACCCUUAGAUGCCUGUCUCCUGGCAAUGUCAAGGCCCACUCCCCUUAGCUACGCUGUUCCAUGGGCUACAAUUUUGUAAGGCCACAGUAACUGGACUGAAAGUAUAUAACUGACUUAGAGAGUUUUUCUAUUUCAGAUAGCAUGACCUUUAAGGGACACUCCAGACACCUCAAGUACUUUAGUUUGUGAGAAGAGUGUGUCCUAUUUUUUUCAUUUUACAUAAAAUGCAAAUUUCAAUAGAAAUUGGCACUUUUUAUAAAUUAACUUUGUUACACCCCCCUGGCUGUCAAUCAAACAACCGGUCCUGUUACUUCCUGGUUUGUUUAACUCAGUGGAGCUAAACUCAAAAGGCAGGUAAUUGUAUCUGUGCACCUGCCUUGCAAUGUCUUCUCAUUGAGCUGCAUUGGGAAGUCUCUGACAGCCACAGAGAGUCUAGGCUGGGGAAGAAGGGAGAUCUUGUAAAAGCUGAGGACAAGAGUUCUGCAGCUUUUGCAAGCUGUUUUUAGAUAUACCCCCAAUGCAUAAAAAAAUGCAUAAAUGAAUGCAUGCAUGUUUUUAUUGGUGUUGUAGUAAACAGUGGGAGUUGUAUUUAGCAGUUGAGUCUCCCUUUACAUUUUAACUUCUCUUUGAAUACUCACUUUAGUCAAAUAAGUCAAUAAUGGUUUUUAAUAAAUAAUCCUGUCUGAGAUGCAGCAUGCAUUGUAAAACUUCUUGUGGACUCUUUGAGGCCUUUGCAACUAUGUCACAAUGAACAAAUGAAGUGGAUAUAACAUUUCAACUUUAUUUAAUUCUAACUUUUAUGAAUAACCCUGACAAUGUUUGACCUGCAGAUUUCCAUAGUCUCUUCAGAGUUUUAACAUAGCAUAGUAAUAAUAUAGGUUAAAAAAAAAAAAUCCUGUCCAUCAAGUUCAUUCUUUCUGUGCCCUUGUCUGCUAUGUAACCCUCGUAUUACUGGGAGAUCACGCAGCCUCAGUGCUCUCUCUAGAGCAGAAAAAAAUGGAUUUCCCACCAGCCAUUGUCACAGUGACUGCCUUGUGGGUGUUAGAAUUGGAAAAAGGAAGGGAGACUUAAGUUAUAUUUAUCAAAGGACAUCAUUGACUAUAGAAAUUAAUAACCGAGUAGCAGUACAGUGUCAUAACAGAAAAUGUCAAGCAAUGGGAUCAGCCCUAAUAGGCCACUCUAAAGAAACAAGUCCGCUACAUCUUCAUGUAGUGGUUAUGGUGCACAUACUUUGUCCCUUUUUUUUAAAAAUGAAAAACAUUAUCAACAAGUUUUUUGUUGAUAAAGAAGCAAUAAAACAGUUACUUUGUAAAAUUAGAUAUAAAAAAAAAAAAUACAAAAUUAUGACAGAAAAUUACAUGACAGGCGCACAGUCGGAUUUGCCGGCAUAUGCGCUAACCUUACCCAAACCCCCAUUAAAACACGGACACAGGUUAUACUGUUGGAAAUAAUUCGACCACAGCUUUAUUAAAUUAUUAAUAAAAUAAUUAAGGAAUAACAAAGAGGGUCAUUGCCAACAAAUUAUUAAACGUUAACAUCCCCCAUAUACAUAACAUACCCCUAGCAAUGACCCCACAAUAAUAACAAUAGAUAAUCUAAAUAACAUGUUAAUACAGAAACUGGCCACCCAAUUUGACCACAUUUCCACCAGGUUAAAUUGUAGGGGUGUACCGAGACACCGCUACCCACCAUAUCCAUUGUAUCGAUUGUAGGGGUGUACCAAGACACCGCUACCCACCAUAUCCAUUGUAGGGGUGUACCAAGACACCGCUACCCACCAGUUCCAGUGUAGGGUGUACCAAGACACCACCACUCCCCCAGGUUCGGAGCCGACGGGCUUGAACCUACCAACCACGUGCAACACUGCCCAAUCCACACUAAACCUCAGGAUGCCCACUUUCUCCUCCAUCUACCCUCCGAUUUAACCAGGCCAUUCCCCGCCGCUGUGAAAAAACGGGAAAUCAACUACCCUAACCAAAUACAGGGAGGGUGGGAGGGACAACUGACAGGUAAGCUUAGGUUCAGUUAAAAUGGCCACUUCCCAUAAUGGCUGGUAUUACUACUCCCCUUAUGGCUCCGCCCUACCCAGUAUGCUAGCUGUCACUAACUUCCUGUGGCUGCUUUGCCUACCUCCUGGCUCUGUCAAGGCCUAUUCCUCUUAGCUGCGCUGAUCCAUGGGCUACAUUUUGCAUAGAACAUGCUUCUUUUGGCUGCAAGACUGUAACCGAGUAAACUUGCAGAAGCCAGACACAGAGAGAUGGAUGCAGGUUUUCAGGAAGUAAGAGGUCUUUAUUAACAUACCGAUCGGGUCUCAGAUGAACUAACGUUCCAAAACAGGUCUGAGGGCAGAACACAUGGAGUACAUGCUUUUUAUAGAACUAUAACUCCUCCCAUUAAUAGCUCCACCCGCACAUACCCUUAACCAAUCGGUGGACAGGAUUUGGAUUUCCUUAUAUGGGCAGACCUCAUGGCUCAUCCGAAACAAAGGAGAAAGGAGUGUGAUUUCAGUUCCUGCAUUCCUGCACAUGCUCAGUACAUUGAUGACAGUAUCUUAGCUACGUGUAACUAACUAACUGAUACAACAUAUACAUAUGCCACGUGGAAAUCUCGGCCUACUAAAUUUACAUUUCACCGAUAAUUCCAUCACAAGAAUAACAGACAUGUACUUCCUCUUUUUGACUUCCAAAAAUCAACACAGUCCCUUUAAGUUAGGUGAAGGUGUAAAACCAAAACAUUGAUGCCAUUUUCACUUGCGUAUAGCAAUAAACCAAUAAACAUAGCAGCCGUACCUCUUUAAUUUUUUUCUGUCUAAAAUUACAUUGUCUGACAGAGGAACAUUUGUUGACAGCAUUUGGAUCUGAUUAAUUUACAUUCGUAUAGGCAUAUGUGUUGUAUCUUGUUGGACCAUGGAAUUGAAAGACUCAUCUGUAAAGCUUCUAUCAGUCAUCAAGUGGGCUUUUGUUUAACAUUUCUACUUUUAUAACGUGUCUGAAGAGAAAACACAAAGACUGACCUUCUUGUUCUGUUCCUCAGAUUGUGGAGUCUACACGAGUGAAUCGACACAAGAACACAAUGGCUUUGCGUUGGGAAGCAGGAAUUUAUGCCAACAAUCCAAGUGAUUAGAUCCUGAAGUCUGAACACAAAUGAGACACUUCUGCACAAUGCAUGUUAAACACUGAGACAUUUCAUAUAUGUUUUACUUAUUGAUCUUAUCCGAUGAAGGGACAAAUAUUUUUCUGAACUCAAGUUGUUUAAGGUCUUUGCUUUUCAAUUUUAGGCCUUAAAGGGGACUGGCCCUAGGAUGUGUCUGCUUUUGUACGGGUGUGUAUGAGAUGUUUUCAACUCUUAUUUCCGUUGAAGACUAGUUGAAAACGAAAAAAACUAAACUAUUUUUUAAUUGUUGAGAUUGGCUUUGACUAAUUCUCCUGAACUGUUAGAUUAAAUGAAUAAUUCUUACUGAAUUUUUUUAAUUAUUCAAAAUCUUUAAACCUGCCUCGAAACUGCUGAUUUAAUUUUUAAACAAAUAGAUUGCCUUAUCAUUGAUGAGGCUGCCAAUGAAACCAUUGAUUUGAUAAACUAUUGUUCUAAGUUUGUGGCUUCCUGACCUGUACCUUUACUAGUAGGGUCAUUUACUUAAGUGAGAAUUUAAAAUGAAUUUGAAAUUUAAGGCCAAAGUAGCCAAACUGGAAAAAUAGCAGAGUUUAAGAAUUUUUCUUGUUUGACUAUUUUGAUCUUAAACUUGAAAUGUACUUUCAAUUCACUUUGGAUUCUCAAUUUAAGGAAUUACGCUGUUAGAUUUACACUUACCUGUCUGAGUUAAAGGAAAACUGCCAUCAUUUUUAUUACUAUUUAAAAUAAAAGAUUAAAUGUAUUAUAGCCUCUGUGUGUAUUAUUUUUUAUUAUAAGAAAAUAUUUAUUUUCAAUGGGUCCCAUGGCUUAGCAUUGCUCUGUGGGGACCACCACAUUAAGCCCUCAUUGGUCAGAAUCAUGGCUUAUCUCACCAAAGAGCUUCUGUGUUCACAAAUCCUGAUAUCCUGACUAAAUGCCAAAUAUCUUUUUUUUAAAAAUGGACUCUGGUACAAUUUCAGACCAAUAACAUUUUUUUUUUUACUAAAGUGAGAAUUCAAAGUGAAUGUUAAAUUUAAGGUAACAAAAUACAAACUGGAAAAAUUAUGUAAGCCAGCUAUACUUUAGUACACCUACAUUGGACUUCAAUUUGAAAUUCACUUUAAUUCUCUUUGAGUUCUCACUUAAAUAACCCUAUAAAUCAUAAAUGGUCUUACUAUAAAAGUUUUUCGUCUCACCAGUGAGUCUAAAGAUGGCCUCCCCCACGAUUCAAGAGUAACUCUGGAGAUGCACCAAAAAGAGUUCACAUACAUAUUUAUUCCAAAGUACACAGCGUGGCUCCAUAAUAUCUAAUAUUUUAUUUUCAGAAAUAAUAAAAAUGUUGACAGUUUUCCUUUAAGCACCUCCUUCAGAUGUUUAGAGCAGUCACAUCUAUUCAGUCACAUAGGAAACUAAGCAAUGGUCAGAGCUGACCCAACAUGUGCUUCCUACUCCUAAGAAAGUCUAUGAGGUAAAUACUUAUAUCAUUGGUGUUAAUCUCGUAGAGAAAACGUUACUAUGAAAGUUAUUUACUAAAGUAAGAAUUGGUCAGAAAUUAAAAAUGAAUGUUAAAGUUAAGGCCCCAAUAGUGGAAUUGGCAAAUUCUCCAAGCCAGCUCUGCUAUUAUGGCCUUAAAUUUGAAAUUCACUUCUAAUUCUCUUUUCUCACGUUUGUGAAUAGCCCUGCAUGACUUGAUAGGACAAGUAGUAUAAGUUAAAGUUAAUGUGAUUUGGGUUUUUUAUUUCUUACCAUGUUUAAGAAUACAGUGUGGUUUAUAGCAACAAUAAGCAUGCAGCGCCACUAGCCCUGGAUUAUGUGUUGACUAGGAGACUUUCAUGAAAAGGUUAAUUUUUGUAUGUUAAUGGUUUGCGUAUGAAUAAUAUGUUUUUAUUAAUGAAUGUUUAUUUAACUAUCAUGUAGUGGAGUGUUGACGGAGUGCAUCAAAAAGGAUACAGAAUAAAUAGUGUUGUGGACUUAUAUCCAGUUGUGAAAAAAUGGAGGGAAGCUGGCUUCACUCCACACUUUUAAUAUUCUAGCCACGCCUCUCCUGAGUACUCAGAUACCAUUAAAUGAAAUUUAAGAUUUGUCAAUUUUAUUUUAGUCAUCAAAGUCAUGUGUUUUUGCAUUGUUUAUGCAGAUAAAAUAGCCUUCAGAUAAUCAAGUUAGCAAGUAAACCCCUUACAGCACUCUGGGUUAUAGAAGUACAGUAAACCAGGUUAGAGGGAUAAUUUGAGCAAGCACCUUAACCACUACUUACCACUGUAGUGCUUAUGGUGCCAAUAAUGUCCUGGUGCCCUCACAGGUUAUGUAGUAAAACUACUUGAGCAUGGUUUGACAACAUACCUAGGAUCCGCCAGUUGAUGGCCUCCUCUUCUCCUCCUCCAAGGAGCUUCCAUUAGCUCUCCCGCAGUUUAGGACCCACUGAUUGACUGAGUGCUCUCAUCCAAUGAGCCAAGCCAUGUACCAAUAAGCUUACCUCAGUACAAGAGCUUCUGGGGAUGCCUGGCGGGGCCUGGUAAUUUAUCAAACCACUAAUCUCUUUCUUCAAACGUGCUACGCUAUUGGGCGAAGGUCUUAAAAAGACUUAAAUACAUUAGGUGGAAUAAAUGAGUAAAACUCCUUUCUAUAUGGAAUGUUAAUUGAGGGUUACUGAAAGUCACCAGAUUGUUGUAUUAAAGAAAUAUAUGUGAAGCUUUUUACAGAGUGGAUAAAGCCACAUUUGUGUUGUAAAUUUGUUUGAAAAGUACCAGGUGAAGUGUAUUUCAGAAGAUCGUUGUUAGCAGACAGAUUAUUUGCGAGCAUCCUGUCUUGCAAAUUCGGUUGAUGUCUAAAAUGUUUUGCUUAUGCCAGAAUUCUCUAUGGGACAUCCUGGAGAUAUCCUUCUACUGAGUGGGGAGUCUUGAAAGUGCAAAGGAUCUAUUGGAAGGUCUUUGCUAGUCUAGUAAGUGGGUGGCUAGGUCCUCAUUAACUCUAAACAGUACAUUUCUUAGAUUUUUGCAUAUUGGCCAGGGGAUUGUCUCAGACAAAAGUACUUAUGUGAUAUGACGUUAAAGACAUGGUACUGUGGGACCAUGGGUGGGUGAUGCAUACCGGUUUCAGAAAUACAUGAUAGAAAAAAUCCACAUGAAUAAUAUUAGUGAAUGGAGUUUUAUUCCAUCAGAGAACAAUUAGCACAAGGAGUACCUUGGAAGGAUAGGGCUUGCAGUGUGAUGGUCCUUUCUGAUUUUACAUUUGAAGUGUAAAGUUCUAAGUAAAAUGCCAUACUGAGAGUGAAUAAUUAACAAGUAUAUGAUUAAGAAUAGAUGAGGAAACACAGAUUGAGUGGGUAAAUCUUUUUUCUUGCUUCCAGAUUUUUGAAGGCACACUUCUUAUAGUCAUUGUUUUGUGGGUGGGCUAUGUUCAGAUUUGUGUUGAAUGCUAUUUAGUUUUUUUUGCUUGUUUUUUGAUGUGUUAAUAUUUUAGGUGAUAUCCUUAGAUAGCUACCAGGCUGGUAUAUGAAAUAUCUUAGUUUUAGGUUAGUUUAGAUGUUCCUUAGAGAGUGAAAAAUACUGGGUCACAUUUCAUGGAUUUGUGGAUAUCCUGAUUAUAUUACGUUGCUUGUUAAGCGUUGACGUUGAUGUUAUAGCAUAGUGAAGGUACUGUGAUUAGAUAUGUUCAAUAGAUAUGUAUGCGUGUAUUAAUGCAUGUUCAAUAGAUGUGUAAACAGCCACUGUCCUGUGCAGCUUCCAUCAAAAUUGAAGAAAACAAUGCUGUUAAAUAAUUGAGUACUGGUAAGGGGAAUGGUAAAUGAGGUGUCUAUAAGGUACACAAAGUAUAAGCACAUCUCCUUACUAAAUGGUCUUCUCCUAGGUAUGAGACGAGUGGGUGAAGUUCUAUGUUAGUGGAUUGCACUGUCAUACAAGUUACAAUGUUGUUAGGGGAAGUUGUAGAUUAUUGAGUGACUUAUUGCAGCUGUAAAUUCUAUGUUUGGCAGGAAUAUGCCUUCUCUAUACAUUUAAAAAAGUUGCAAUGGAAAUGGCAAGUUUUAUAUGUUUGUAGCAACACAGUAAUGCUGCAGUUUUCACAAUAACAAUGGAGAAGAACAAUGCCACCAACAGAGGAGGUUAGAGUAAGCAUGAGAGUUUUAGGGGAAGUUUGAUUGGGGGCUUCAAAGUUCACUUAAGCGCCAUAACCUCUGUAAUGGUAAUCGUGCCGGCAUGCCCCUGACAAUAACCCUCCAGUUCAGUUGAAAACCGAUUUCAAGGGAUUUACUAAAAUUAAAGGUCCCAUAUAUUGUGGUUGGAGAACUUUUGCAUUAGCUCUUGAUUUCCAAAAUAAUUGCAGUAGCAAUAUCAGUUUUGUCUAAAUCUGGGCAACAUUCAUUGGCUAAAUGCAUUAACGGAUAUGAUCAUCCAGUGAAUGUUGUACAAAUAUGGAUGGAAUUUUUAUUUCCAAUGUAAAUGUGAGGGCCAGGUCACGGUCAUGCCUGGGAAAAUCAUUUUAUGCCAAACCACUUGAAAUGGGAACGGUGCUAGGGCCAUGCAGACACAAUAACCAUUGUAGUGUUUACCAUUGUAAUAAUUAUGCCUAAAGUACUCCUUUAAAUUCAGUGGGGUCAUUAACAGUGUUUAGAAGGGCUAUGUAGUGUAAGGGGACAAGGUCAGGGACUUGUCAAUACCUGCCUUCAAGAGAUGAACAGUAAUUCCUCACUCUCUCAGCAAGGCUUUGCCCUAACUCAUCCAACCCUAACCCUCAGUUACCCUAUUCCUAGAUAACAUGAAGCCUUAUUUGCAGGUCACACUGUUGCACUUGGUGCUGUAAUGAUGUCCGUCACUCUAAUAUCAUAUAAUAAUAUUCCCCUGGUCUUUUUAAUGCAGCACCAUUAUAGCGUCACUUUUAAAGAUGGGGACUUUUCAAAUUUAAAUAAUGAUGUUUUAUUUCUAAAACUAAUCUGAGGGUUCUAACAUAUCAGAAUAGAUUUUCUGUAUUUUUAUAUGUAUGGUAAAUAUAUAUUAGCACUGGUGGCCAUAAAAGGAAGACGAUGAAAAAAAAAGUAGGUUAUAGAUGCAUUAUCCAGGGGUAAAGGUUAUUGGGCAAAUAAUCUACCAGCUGUUGAAUGGACACUAUAGUCAACUGAACAACUUCAGCUUAAUGAGGUUGUUCAGGUGAAAACUAUAGCUCCCUGCAGCCUCUCUCAUGUAAACACUGUAUAUUCUGAGAAAAUACACUGUUUACAUUGAAAGCUAGGAACACCUCCAGUUGCAGUCACUCAGAGUGAACCAGAGGGACUUCAGAGUUGAUUGAGGCAUAAUAUGCCUCCAUCCACUCAGAUCUGUUGUCAGCAGAGCACAGGGCAACACUGUGCACAGCAUCCUGUGAUUCAGUAUCUCCUCCCUCUGCAUGCAGACACUGAACUUUCCUCAUAGAGAUUCAUUGAUUCAAUUAAUCUCUAUGAGGAGAUGCUGAUUGGCCAGGGCUGUGUUUGAAUCAUGCUGGCUAAAUAAUUGAGUACUGGUAUGGGGAAUGAUAAAUUAGGUGUUUGUCAGUCUCAGCCAGUCCUAUGGGGAAGCACUGUGAUUUGAUCAGGCUACCACAUGUCAGCAGACUGCUUGUUUUUCUGAGUCUAACAGCAUGCAGAUUUACAGCUUCAGGCUUGAAUACAGUAAGAUUUUUACUAUAUUUAUGGAGGCAUGAGGGGCUAGAUGGUGGUGUGAACACUAUAGUGUCAGGAAUACAUGUUUGUGUUCCUGACCCUAUAGUGAUCAUUUAAACUAGCGGUGGCUGGCAGAGGUAGAUGUGAAAUUUCAAGAGAUUCCAUAAAACAAUGUUGCAUUAAGCUAUAUAUACAAAAAUAAUAUUCACGAUAUUCCACAUUUUAGCUACUAGCUCACACUAAAAUGUUAAAGGGACACUCCACUGCCCAAAUAUUUUUUUUUUUAAAUCAGUAUUAGUUGAUAUACCUCAACGAAAACAUGCAUGCAUUUAAUUAUGCAUUUUUUUCAUAUGCAUUUCAUAUAUAAAUCUCUUGGCUGCUGCCUUUGCAAGUCCUCCCCUUCUAACCCCAACCAGACUGUGGCUGUCCAAUCACAAACUUCCAAAUGUAGCUCAAUGAGAAGCCUUUGCAAGUCAGAUGCUCUGGGCAAUUGCCUGCCACAUAAGUGUUAUUCCACUGAGCUAAAAUACCAGGAAGUAACAGGACCUGUUGCCUGAUUGACAGCCAGGGGUUGUAACAAGGUUAAUUUAUGAAAGGGAUUACUGAUCUAUUGAAAUCUACACUUUUUGUAAAUGAAAAACAAGACAGACUGUUAUACUACUAUAAUAUUUCACAACAGUUCCAAUUUAAAGUCCCAGCAUAGUAUAUCUAAAUAAUUUCCGCUUCAUUAGCUUAAUGUGACUUGGGUGGACAGCAUGAAAUAUUAACCCUUUCGGUCUUCGCACACAAUCCACUUGACCAAGCUAAAGUACUUUUGGUGUGUUAAGUGUUCCUUUAAAACCUCUUAUCUGUGUAUGGGAGUUGGCGAUUGAAUCAGUGGGGCAAUUGUCCUUCUUCUGAUUUGGCUAUACAUCAAAGGGAACUUUACAAGAACAUGCUAUACUACCAGGGUUAUAAGAAGCUGUAUACGAGAGAUUUAAUUUUUUUAAAAUUUCCUGGCUUGAUGUGAGAAAUAGGUGUGUCCAAGUGUUUGUCACUUGAUUGGUGUGCCAUUUGGUUUGUGUGACUCAUAAGCAAGCAGCCCCAUUUUUUAUGUUCUAUUUAUUUAACUGCCACUAAAUUUGCAAUAGUCAGAAUUCUCAGUUUAAAGUUUGGAUACAAACAUACAGUUUUUAUUCUACAGAGUACAAGGGAAAAAAAAAAAUAGGUACUGCGAGAGUUAUUCACUAAAAUGUGAAUAAUCAGGAAUUGCAAAUCUGAAAGACAAAUAAUUGCGCUAGAAACAUAGAUGACUUUGAGAAAUGUUUCAGUUCAACAAUAUUGGUCUAAAAUGAGCAACUCCAUAAUGUAUGGCAACAUAUCAAAUAGAGUUGCAGUAAAGAAAUUUCCAUGAAACAACCUUCAUAGCCAAGUUAUUUCCCAAACAAUAGAUGUCCUUAAAUACAUACAUAAUUAAUUAUUAAGAGGGCAGCUGUUUUUUUUUAGUAUAAAAAUAAAUGCUUUAAAAACAAAAACAAAAAAAACAUUCUAACUACUGCUGUAAAAAAAUUGAUACUUCUAUAUAUACGGUUAUGUGUGAAAACAAAUGACUAUUGUAAUUUUUUGUGAGAUUUAUUUUUUACUAUUGUAAAAUUUGUCUGUUGAAUUGCUGG